AUGGCGCGCAACGUUCGUGAAUUCGUACGGCGAAUUUCCUCCCAGGAUUUGGAUCAGUACCCGGAAUGGGACCUUACGGUGAGUUGCCUCAUUCUCAAUAGAAUUGCUGAAUAAAAUGAGGGACAUUCGAGGAUAGCGUAUAUCACCUAGCGAACAGACUAAUAAACCCACAUCGUCUUGAUCGUUUUUGAAAUAGUUUCACACCUUUCCGUUGUUGUUGUUGUUGUUGCUCGAAGUGAUACAAUGGUAGGACUGACUUACACGGACGUCUUAGUGAGACAUGUGAACAGGAACCGUCUGCAAUACCGGUUGACUUUGAGCCAGUGAAAUUAGGGUCAGAUUUAAGGUUAGAGUUAAGUUAAGGACUAGGUUUAAGGUUAGAUUUAAAGUUAACGAUAGCGUAAGCCAGGACCAAGUUAAGGGUUAGGGUGGGAAUUAAUGUUAACUGCAGAGUUAAGACCUAGGGUAGGAUUAUGGUCAAGAUAAGGACAACAGCUUAGUUUCAUAAUGGGAUUAUUGUGAGGGUAAGACUAUGGAAUUAUUUUGCUCUUUCUAGAAUUACGCGCAGGUCCACCUUUAUUACUUGGACAGGACGUACUUAUUCCAGUGCUCUGCUUAGAUGGCCAUAUAAGUCAAACUGUGUGUCAUCUAGGUCACUUAGUCUUCACUAUAUCAAUGUGGCCACUCCAACUUCAAGAUACUUCGGUUGUCGCACCACUGAAAAAAAUUCUGGACUAGAUCGCAGUUGGUAGCCAGGAAUGGGGAAGCGGACGGCGACCUAACCCUAAUCUUACCUUAACCCUAACCUCAGCCUUAAACCUUAAGCGCUAACCCCAACGGCAAGCCUAACCCUAACCCUAACCGAAAUCGUAAAAGUAACCGUAGCCCUUAGGCAUAGCUGUAGCUGAAAAACCUAACCGUAAUACUGAAACAUAUUCGUAUGCUCAAACCCUAACCGUAACCCCGAAACAUAAGCCUAAAGGCAUAACCGUAACCCGAAAAUCGGAAACCAUUAACCGGUACCCUAAUCCUAACCUCAAACAAAAAAAGGAGGCCAAAUAGGGUCAGGUGUGAUUAUGGAGCCCCACAAAAUAGCCCCAGUAAACAACCCGCCUCCCCGCCAUCUGUAAUACAGGGCCUGGCUACCAACUGCGAUCUAGCCAAAUUCUGUUCUUCAGAUAAGAACGGAUUUGCUUUUAUGAAUUACAGAACGAAAUAGAUUAGAUUUCGUAGGCCAAUCGAAACUAUCGCAGCUUACUUUUCGGCAUAAAGGCAUAAAAAUGAAGUUGUGAAGGUUUGGGCAUUGUACGUCCUCCGGUUGAUAUAGAGGUACCCACCUGAGUUGACAGCUCAACUCGUCAGCAUUGCAGAUCAGUCAGAAGCGCUUGCAUUUUAUCUUCUGUUCCUAUUUUGCUUCACACACACACGCAUCCCUCUCCCUUGCCCUCUCAAAAAAGAAACCACUCCCGCGCUUGCCUGUGCCGGAGCUGCGAACAACGCUGAAUCGCUAUCUCGGUGUUGUUGCCCCGAUUGUCGACGAGGAGGCCUUCAAGCACACUCGACAACUCGUCACUGAGUUUGCGCGCUCAGGCGGAGAGGGGGAGGAGUUGCAGGCGGCCCUUCAAGCCCAUGCAAAGACUCUCAUCAACUGGGUGAGUCCGAGUCUGCUCUCCACUCCACUGCCCGCACACCCCCCCCCCAGCGCCCACUUCCACCGCCUGUGAGAUGAGGCUUGUUUAGAUGAUUUGCUGAAGUGCGGCUUUAUGUGAGUCUGGCCGGCUCGUCGGAGCGAAACUCUCUGCAUGGUGGAGCCAUCCGGGAGGAUCUGUCCGUGUACGAAAGCAGGGGUUGUUUCAAGGACAACUGAGUGUUUUUUAUCGUUUUUUGUACUUGUGUGAUAUCUGACCCUCCUCUGCGAUUGCCGAAUGCGACGAAGGUCAUGAACCAUGGGCUGAACUCUCAGAGCACUCGCCAGCGUCGAAUGUAGUUCCAGGGCGCGAUGUAGACGGAAGGCUUUUGCCUUUCGCGUAUCUUUACGGCAACCGUUCCAGUUGGUGUCAGGAAAAAUGACGUCAAACAAGUAGUGAACUUUCUGAAGUUUAUUUCCGAUGCUUGGUCAACUUUCCUCGUAUUUCAGGCAGGGAAUAUUAUGCAUCUACACUUGUUGUGUUCAUUUGAUGGAAAUUCCCCUUUCUGAAGAAUAUGUUUUCGAUAGGGUACUGUCUUAUAAUUACAAACAAACUAUACAAUUACAGCCUGCAUGCGACGUAGCACAGCCGCACUGGAGACUGUUGCUUUUACAGGUAUAUGGGUGAAGUCUUAUCGACUGCAAAGUUGUGUAGACACCAAAGGCCAGCCUCCAAGACACAAGCGCGCAUCCUAUACUGUGCCCGCCUUCAGCGUAAGUGAAACUGAGGGUUUUUUUAAGAUAAAUCGGGAUUUCUUCUUUGGAGGGAGCUCUGUCAUCUAGCUCAGAAAAACUUGUAAUUAUGAGAAGAUUUUAGACGCUGAUAUGAUCGCUCGGUUGGUGUUUCAUAGUUACGAAAGGAGUAUACUGACGGAGCCUUAUCCCUCGCAGCAUUGCCUAAGCGGCCCCGUUCUGGAAGUGCAGGCGUGCAUAUUACCUCGGCUUAUAAGAAUACACACACUAUAUGUAAUUGGUCAACCGGAAGCGUGGGUGAAAACGAAGGGUGUGUUUAGCACUGUAUGGGAAUUAGUAAACGCCCUCUUUAAAACAGAAAAACAUUUCCUUAAAGUGGACCAUGCGAAGAAGGCGGAAUUUCCUAGGAAGAAAUGGCGAGACACGGGAAUAGGAGCUCCCCUGUAGUAAGGGUGGCGUUUCAUUAAAUUUCAGGGAGUUUAUGGUUAGAGUUAGGUUUUGGGUUAUGGUUCAGGUCAAGGUUAGUGUUAGGUCACGCGGAUCUAGUGCAAGGUCAUCGGUAUUACCGAUGGGGUUCCCACUUCAGUGUUCUGCAGAGGACAGAACCAAAUAGAUAGUUUUGUGCUUGUCGCUCAGAAGAUAUGAUUGGAUUUCACCAGAUGUUUAAAACCAAAAGGAAAAGGCCAACUUGCAUACGUAAUGACUGGCACACGUUACCAACAGUGUACCCAGCUGAAAUCCUCUCUUCUGACAUAUAUGAAUAACCCAGGGCUUAGGUUUUAUAUUUGUUGCAAGUGAAACCCGGGGGUAACAAUGGCAGUCAGUGCUUCACAAGUUUAGGCACAUAGUGUGUCAUUAGAAGCACUCUUUGUAAAAAACACGAGGACAGCCCUAUAUGCUGGUCUGUUUUACCCGGAGUUUCUAUUCAGCAACUUCAUUGUCAUUAUGAUGCGGCCCAGAACGAAUCCGAAAUGUCAGAUGGACAACGUUCCUGUUGAAGCGAUCGAGUCGCUUUCUUCAGAUUUGUAUAUAUUUCAUCCUCCUCCUUGUGAAGGCCGCUAAUUAAUGGGAGAACAUGUAGACAAGAGAGGCUGUCAGAAUCUCUGGCAGCAGUCAAACUUCAAAAUUGCAACUUCCCGCACCGAGUCAGCUGCAAUAGGGAAUGGCAUCGAGCAUAUCUAGUUUAGUUGGACUGCUGGAAUGUGAGGCCCGGUUUGGGUUUACGCAAGUCGUGUGAUCCAGCUAAGAGUAAUCAAAAAACCAGUGCAAUUGGUCAACGAACACAUAAGAAUUAAGACAGUCAUUUUUGACUUGCUCACUGUCGUCAGCUGGAUAGACAAAUGUGAUCCAUCCCCUUGUCGUCGGCAAUUCAACCGGGAAUCAAUGUCCGGUGGAUUGAUCUAAAUUCCCUCUUCUGCCAAUUGACAUCUGGAACUGUAGCGGUCUGCAGCAAUGAGACACCUAAUCCGAUCAAACGGGAGUCUUCAGCAAGAAAGAGCAGUUUGGCGAAAUAUCUUCGUGAGAUGUAGAAGGCGGCCAAUUCCAGCAGUAAAGUACUCUAUUCCACCAUGUCUCGAAGGGGCUCUCCGUCUUUUUCGCCUCAGAGUUUGUACUUAGUGGCUUUGGACAUGGGCCUGGUCAUAAAGAUGUAUCGCUACAGUACUUAGAAUCUCGAGGUUUGCAAGGUCUGCUGAGAGAUUUAUCUUAGGAAAAUGUGGGGCUAGCAAUCAAUGGACUUCCGACUGUUCCUCUUCUCUAGAAAUCAUCCAAAGUUUCGAGGAGCACUUUUUGCGCUCAGAGACCAGAUGUCAAGAGGAGGUCCCCUUUUGUCCCAUCAUGUCCUAGGUUUUCUUUGGACUGCAGGCAGACAGGGUUCUUGAGCUACGGCUUGUUGAAAUUGAUUUUUUUGGGAACUGUAUGAGAUAUUUGUACAUCUAAGCUGUUUAAAAUUUCUAUCUAAAGUCAUCACUUAAGUUAAAUGCGUACGGAAAAAAUGUACGAGUCUGUACGAGUCUGAAAGCUCAGGACAAUAAACACAGUGUUCCGGUGCUCGACUUUUCUUCUUCUUCACUUAUCUUCAUGAUAGGUCUUUGGAUGAAUUGCAUUUGUUCUUACAUUUCUUGCAGAGUAGGUUCUUUUGGGACACUUAUGCAGUCAUAGAUGUCGAAAAACAGUUUCUUUGGCGCCGUCUCUGUUGUUUCCGUAGAGCUCUGCUCAUCAGAAUAGUGGUGGAAUCAUUGGUUUUUAGUGUUUUGCGGGCGAUCAGGGCCAAACUUCCGGUAGUGCCCAUUUUUGUUGGUUCAAGGUAGACAGUAACGAGACAGUUUUAAAAUCUGCCAGCUGAGUUACGUAUCGCGGCUCGUAAGAGCGAAAUCACAGACAUAUUUCACCCUAUGGUGAAAGGGUGUUAACCAAUCGGGUUACGUGACCUGACUAUCCCGUUGUACCCUGGAGCCCCGCAGACAGUCGACUAUGAACCAGUAAUAUAUGCAGGGAAGGGAGUACCUAAAAUGACAAGGAAGUCGCCUAGAGUUGGGCCUGACUGACUGGUGACGACCAAUAAGCCAGAAAUUGUCCCCUCAGACGCUCUUUACUGUCAUUUUCAAUAACUUCGGUCUCCGCCAUCCGAGCGUGCAUUUGUAGCUCGACUUCGACUUCAGUGCACUAGCUCUCUCCAGACCGAAACUGCUUGGCUGUUGGGGUAGGAUUCUCACCAGUGGUCAACCAAAUGCCGCUACCGUUUGGAAAAGGACAUCUUACAGGUUUUUGUUUUGACGAAAACCCAGAUUUUUACCACAAGUUAUUUUGGAGUCGCGUACUUAAUAUUUCAAUCCCGCCCAAUCAAAAUCGCAUUUGCAACUAAUGAGGCUUGGGUGUAUGAGUGCGAGCUCAUUACCUCCAUGUUCACGGCUUUUGCAUAGCAGACGAUCCUACCACACCAAAACAACCAUUUGUCCUCCCCUUAAGAAGACGAAGUCAAUGGAUACAUGCUGCCACCAGCUGUACCGGUUAUUAAAUAGCUGAUGAUUGAAUCGUCGCAAUUUUGCCCUCCCGAAUAUUGACAGGACUAUUUUGGCCAAGUUUGCCUGAAAACUACUGGUUCCAUUCUUUCGAAAGUUGAUCCUAUUUUCAUCGCUCAGUGGGGCCUCCUUCUCUUAAUUUGUCCAUGUGCUUUUCUGUCAUUCAGGCAACUCCGUGGUGGUUGGUGGAUAUGUACCUCAAAAAUCCUCUACCACUACCGGUCAAUUCAAAUCCGGGCAUGGUUUUUCCUCGACAUCACUUCAUCAGCGCUCGACAACAGCUCAGGUAAUGCCCACUGCACGCCGUAAACUCAGUUUUGAUGCGUAUUGGUGCCGGGGCUUGUUAUAACUGGCCGAAAAGCGUAUCGUAAAGCUCCACGGAACUACUCUUUACUCAUCAAUCUAUCGUUAAUAAAUGCAGGUAGGCUGUUCUAUUAUAAACCUACUGGACACACUGUGUGCAGUUGACGGUCGAAGGCGGUCUACUUAUUGUAGCGGCGUAGGCAGUGUCUUGCAGCAGUGACCACACGCCGACUGAUUGGCCUGUUAACGAUGUAUCUUGGAGGCUCCUUCCUUGCGAGCCACACACAUCCUCCAAGACUGGUUUCCGGCGGUCUCCUCAGCAAAAUAAGCCUCUUAAAACGACUUCUCAGAGCUCUGGACUGAGACGAGGUGGUACCAUGCGUGCAGGACCGUUUGGCCUUGUUUAGUUUCCGAGGAAAUUGGUGCACGAACUUGAAGUAAAUCCUUCAGAACAGACCUUUUUUAGACUCGGUCCGAGAGCUGAUAUGAAUAUUCGAGCUGAAAUUCAUCACCUACUGCGGAAUAACCGCGUAAUAUCUACAAACCGCCAACAGGCAGCCAGCAGUAUAAAAUUAUGUGAUUAUUUACCACGCUGACAGCACAAGUAAUGACUAAAGGCCCGUGGUACCUAGUACAAUAUGCUAUCAGUGCGGUAAAUAAUCACAUACAGUAGAUGUACCAACUCGUGUAAUGUUAAAUGAAAUUCUGAAGUAGCUUUUCGAAACGAAAAGAUUACUUAAGUAGGGUUUCAAUACUAAUUACCAUGCAGUAUAAUCCCAUAAUAAUUCAGUUACUUCAAGAUACCUGCUUUUGAAUGAACUUCCUUUUAGCCGUCUGCAAAAACUAUACACUGUAAAAAAUGACUACUUAAGUAGCGUGAAUUUUUCCCAUUUAUCUGUGAUCCCCUUAUAAAUCCAAAUAUAUUUCAUAGAAAACAUGCAUGAAAAUAUUCAUUCUUACACUCAUAUGAAAGAAAAUUACAUCUUCUUUAAAUUUAUUUCUGAAAAAGUUUAUAAUUCGGUUUUACAAAAGUUUCUAAUUAUGAGAUUCUUAAGGCUGUAAAAUGCCCGCUCAUAAAACGUCCUGCCCUAGCAUUUACUAUGAUUGCAUGUGAAGUUUACAAUAUGGCUGAAAUCCACUGUUAAAUUUCAUGAACCCAUAUCUAGUCGCCUCUUAAUACUGUAUAGAAAUGUAUGAUUUUUCGUGCACACAAAGUUUACGGCUUGUAGUUUCGAAACCCUGACUGCAAAGUUAACGGCAGUCGAGUUCAAAAUUAGUCGGGAAUUAUAUGAGUGUUUAAAACUAAUUUUUACUCUUCUGUCAAGCAUAAAAUUUAAAGGAGACGUAAUUUUCUUCCAAAUGAGUAAAAUAAUGAAUACUUUCAAGCAUGUUUUCCAUGCUGCAUGGUGAUUAGUGUAGCAACCCUACUUAAGUUGUCUUUCCGAGUCGAAAACGCAUUUCAGAAUUUCGGUUAAAAUUUCAUGAGUUAGCACGUCUACUCUAGUUGUAAAAAACUGGCUGCCUCUUGGCACGUUUUGAAUAUUGCGCGGUUAUUUCGCUGUAGGUAAUGAAUUUCAGCUCAAAUAUUAACAUCAACUUUUGAACCAAGUCUAAAAAGGUCUGUUCAGAAGGACUUACUCCAAGUUCGCGCAUUACUUUCCUCGGAAAUCAAACAAGACAGGAUGAAGACUGGAGUUCAUAUUACCGGAAAACACAUGGGAACACUGAAGGACCCACUGAUGAGCCAAACUCCUCGCAGCUGCUUCAGGCAGCGGCACAAGACCAGCAAAGCACGCGUGUCCGGGCUUUUAGCCACUACCUGUGCUGUGUUCAUUUAAUUUUCUCUCUGUAAAGAGGUGUCCUCUUACGAUAGGUGGAACCACAACUUUGGUUUCAGACUUCGCACAUUCCCACCAUAAUCUCCCCCUGUUUAGGCAAUAGCCACACGAACAGGUUUUUGCUGUAGACUUUUUCGCAUGUGAUUGUCUGCACAACCGACGUUUCGACUGUUAUUGUCGACGAAUGCGCCCCAGAGCAGAAUGGACUUAAAGACUGUAACUUGCGUGGGAGUUAGUUAAUAGUGACAAUAGAAUUGCAUAGCAUCUAAAGCACUCUCUCUCUCUGCGCAAGCAGUCGUCUUAUGACGGUCGAAUUGCAUGACCAACCAGAGAUUUUUUACCCAUACUCACGUCCUUUGCUUUUUUGAAGGCUACUAAUGCUGCCAACAGGGCCCACAUUACAGUCAAGACAUGAGUGCAUGUGGCAGUUUCGUUCUCCUGCAUGGGCUCCCAGGUUUGGAUAAGGGAUAAAUUUACAAUCUUUUAAACCUUCAAUAUUAAAAGAACCGAGUUCAAUAAGUGUCCAGGCACCAUCAAACUAGGUGAGGAUGUGUAAAUUUUAGCAGCCAAAUGGCCUUUUUUCAUCAGUUUUACUUCAUUCUUCUCGAGGCAGGAUGUAGGUGUAUUUGGUGUAUAUGCGCGAAGUGUUAAACAGAUAAAUAUUGUUUUCAGUUCAAGCAUUUCCUUGCGCUCGUUGUAUAUUUAUCUACACCACGUCAUUUGAUACUAAAUCGAGUGCUCAAAUAGCCAGGGAGGGCUAGAAACGAGAGUUAUCGCUUCAGUUAGUUCAUUCGGUAGACGUUUUGGCAGAUUUUCACAAUACAUCCGACCCAGUUAUAAAAACAAACUCGGUAACCUCGGUGGUGGCCGAAGCGACGACACCAAGUGUAAGACCUCUGUACAACUACCACCCUAACCGCCUGAACAAUGAGGCCCUGGUCGGAGAUCUUUUAAUCGCAUCAGGUUCAUGUUAUAUGUCAAACCUAUUGCAGCAUAUGGAAUCCGCCAAUUGUGAUACAUUAAGCUGACUGCCCAAACAGGAUUGCCCAUGCAAUCAAUUCCGAACCCACCCGAUGAAUAUCAGGCCUUACUUAACUAAUGGAUGCUUUCGGUAUGUUUGAACAAUUCAUCUGACCAAAUUGUAAAACAAUUGACGGGCCCAGUGGAGAGCAGGGGCAAGGCUUGUGCACAGCCAACGCUCUUACUACCUGAACUACGAUGGCCCGACUGGAACCGUGAAUUUAAUGACAUUUGAGUCAGGUUACCCUUCCAACCUGCUGAUCUCUUCUGCCUCCAACUGAACAGUUUUACAACCGACAGAAAGGUUCCUGCCAGAUUUGAGCGUAAAAGACUUUGAGUAGGACGAAUGGACACGCCAAACGAGCCUGAAGUCAAAAUUUACCGUAUCAGUUUGCUCACUGUGCGAAUGUUCUCCGCUCGUGCUAAGCUACCUCUCAGGUUACUGAAACGUCCUCUGCCGAACUUCAUGUACGUCCACAUUUGAGUCUGGUAACAUCUGUUCAGCCCGGCAAUCGAAUGCAAAUUUUUCUUAUUCCAUUCGGGGCCCAUGACGACAAAUUGGCAUUUUUAUAAAAACCGCUCUUGGAGCAAUUUCCAGUGCAGGCUUAAAAAGGUUUGGAACUAACCCCCCCCCCCUCCCCCUCGAUUCUCAGUCGUCGCUGCAUCGUCUGCGUGCUGAGACGGUUGUAUUGACGGCUGACGCAAAAAUGAACUAUCGGACGUAUGUAUAGUUACGUGUGAGUUUAUGUAGACUGGUUCGUUACUAGGUCAUUUUCCACGCCAAAAGUAGCAUGACUGAGCAUGGGAAUGCUGUAGAGCCAGUGAGCCGGUCGACGUUACCUUUACUUACAACUCAAGCGCAAGCCCCCCUCUCGGUCUUAAAUAAAACUGGUACAGGCUCUUCACACGGCAGCCACUUGACCGUUUUUGGGGAUACUUAUUUGCGUAAAAAUAAUCAUCUCAACCGUUAAUUUUUUGUCUGCUUUUUAACUUUAAAAUAUUUCAAACCAUUUGGGGGUAACGCGCGAGCCAAAAGACAACCAGUUCCGAUUCUUCAAAUUAAUAUCCUCUAAACCAGCAGUGAUUCUUUCCCCGGCAUGCUUUUAGCAGAUAUUAGCGAAUAAGACAAUUUUACAAAACCGUAGAUCAUCGCCUGGUAAAGAGACUGCCCACUGCGAAAUUAGAUUAUAAAAAAAAUAGUUAAGUAACAGCACAAAAUAUCUCGUAAGUAUUUUGUCCCUUUUUAUAUGACUUAAACUCUUCGGGAUUUUGUCAGAUUUGGCUGAUACAGUAGGUGGGCUAACUCCUGAAAUGCGUUAACGUUUCGAAAGACUAAUCAUGCAGGGUUGUAAAAAUAAGCAGCAUGCAGCAUAAUUCUAUAAUAAUUCAGUCACCUCUGGAUGCCGGCUUUCGAAAGAACUUCUUUCCGGCUGCAUGCCAAAACUAUACCCUGUAAAAAAUGACCACUCAAGCAGCAUAAAUUCUUCUAAUUGGUUUUCGAUGCCCUUAAAAAUUCAAUUAUACUUCGUGGAAAAUGCAUAAAAAUAUUUAUUCCUUUUCUUAUUCGGUAAAAAAUAAGUCUUUCUCCAACUUCAUACUCGAAGGAAGAGUAUAAUUUGGUUUUUAAAGUUUCUAAUUGUCAGAUUUUUUAAUACCGUGAAAUUGCCUUUCAUAAAAUAUCAUGCCUCUGAAUUUACGAAUGUGACUUGUAAAGUUAACGAUCUGACUCAAAUCCGCUGCUAAAUUUAACGAAGGCCAUUUGGUCUCCUCUUAAUACCGUAGAGAAAUGUAUGGUUUUCCGCACACAGAACAUAUACGGCUUAUGGUUUGGGAACCCUGAAUGCAAGUGUAACGUCGGGUCGAGUUCAAAGUUAUUCGGAAAUUGGAAAACUUUUUUAAAACCGAAUUAUACUCUUCCUUCAAGCAUAAAAUUGGCAUAAGACGUAAUUUUCUACCGAAUGAGUGAAUGAAUAUUUUGUGCAUGUUUUCCAUGAAAUAUAGUUGAAUUUUUAAAGGCAUCGAAAACCAAUGAGAAAAAUUCAUGCUACGUAAGUAGUCAUUUUUUCCGGAGUGCAGUUUGUGCAUACAGCCGAAAUGAAUUUCUUUCAUAAGCCGGCAUCCUGAGGUAACAGAAAUAUUACAGAAUUAUGGUGCAUGAUGGUUAGUUUUACAACCCUCCUUAAUUAAUCUUUUCGAAACGAAAACGCAUUUCGGAAUUCUGGCCGAAAUUUCAUGAAAUAUCCCACCUACUGUAGCUGAUAAUGGUCGCCUCGGAAUGCUGGAAGACCUCUAACUCGCAGAAUACUCAAUUACAGUAAAAGCCCAAAAUUCGAGGGGGAGGGUUACAUUUCUAGACCCCCCAAUGUACAUACUGCACGUAAAUGUACGCCCACUGUCCACCGUUUCGUAUUCGUCUGCGUCUUGUCUGAGACGCUGAAUACUUGUGAGCGCAUUUUCUAUGGGAUAGUGAAUGCCGUGCGAAUUUUAAGUGUUAAAUUCCAAGAUAGAAUAUACGCGAAUUCAUAAAGCUGCAGAUUCAGAAGCGCAAAUUUACGGUGUAUUACUGUAUUUGAAGGGAAGUGCGCUCAAUAGCGAACCAGGGUUUUUUUGCCCUAAUUUAUGCUUCCUACACAAGCCCACUGUCAAAAAUAUCGGAGAAUAGAAAGAGGGCAAAAGUCUGCUGUAUCGAUUGGAUGUGUCUGCUAUGUUGUCAGAGCACCGUUAAAUGACGGGAAUCGUUCGAAUCCUCAGUGGUCACGAAUUCGGUCCCAGUCUUAGCAAGCAACGUGAUGAUCAGCUAACCUUUCUGUAUCCUACAACGAAGCGGUGUUAUUCCAUCCACCCUCGCCCCCCCCCUCCCCCAAUAAGUGGUUAUUACGCCCACGCAGCGUCUUGAAGCCCCUGAAUCCUACCUCGACCGGCCAAUCAACAGGCCGGUGAAGCAACCGCAUCUUCCACAGACUGCUGCAUCCUCUAUCUGAUCAUGGCAUUGAGGAAACGGUUUAACAGGCACCUGAAACGGCAAACUAACAGAGAGAGAGAGAGAAAUGCUUUAUUUUGAAAAUAACUUUCAAAACUUUCAGCAAAAACGGUUCUCCAGUACACAGUGAUUAUCAUAGAGAUUAACAGGUUUUGGACAGACAGGUGGACAUGAUUAUAUAUGAAGAAAAAGGGACUUUAAGGUGCAAGAUCGAGUUUUAGUUUUUGUUUUUCAACAUCUUUGUAGGUGAGAUACUGGGCUAGAAAUGGCAGUAUGGCAUUCCGAUAGGCCGAAGUGCGGCAAGGGAUGUGGCGGAAGCAUCGACGCAUGGGGCGUAAGGAUUUCGCAGCCAUUAACUCAUUAUGAAGGGGAUGGACGGUGUCAUUCAGAAUUCGGUCAGCGAAUUGCUCCACCGAGUUGAAGUGUCGCUGCACGAUGAUAUCAACUGAAAUAUGAUAGGAAACAUCAGCAGCAGAGGCGAGCAUUCGAAUGACACGUUUAAAAAUAAUUAGAUCUUUUUUAAGUAAAGCUGGAAAAGUAACUGGAGAACAAUAAAGAAUGAGUGGAAGAAUACAGCCAUCUAUGAAUCGCCAGAUUAAGGACUGGGGUGUGUGAUAUGAACGUAGAGGACGAAUGUAAUAAACGAGUUUUUGAAUUUUUGUUAAAAGGGUUUCCAUAUGAAGAGAGAAAAAGAGAUUUGAGGAUAAAGUAACACCUAGAGCUCUGUUUCAUCGAUUUAUCAUGGUGCAUAUAAGUUACCAUUCGGAAAGGACCUUUUUACGUAUAUGAGCCGGUUUGCCAACUUAAAACUUGGCAGUUUCUCCUGAAGUUGCAAAGAUGGUCAUCAACUGCAGACAUGUCAACGAGCAAUGUAGCCGAUCAUUUGUCGGACAUUUUCGCCAAAGUUGAUCGUACUUUCUUUGCGAGUAAUCAGGACGCAGGCCUGCCCCCAACGCCGCAAUUGACCAAAAAACUGCCUUUAGGAUUUGCGAUAAUUGCAGUGCUAGCCUUCAGAUCUAAUUUGCAGUCUGGCCAAGCUCAACUUCAACCAGAGCGGGCAAAAGUAGUCGUUUUCCUACGUUUGUCAAACCUCCAAUUAGUCUGUUUUAACCGCCUUGCCUGGCAUGCACAGAAGUGAUCUGGACUGCAUGAAAAUGUUUUCGAGGCUUGUAAUGAGUGCUUGAGCGAACAAUUCCUCAGAGCUAUAAAACGAGACACAUACUUGUGCGGAAGGCAACCACGGGUACUUCUGCCUAAGCAUUAACCAUGAAAGUAAAACAAAUGAUAUUAUUUAUUCGACACAGUUUGAGUCUUCAUCUCACGAUCUGAUGCAGCUAAUGAUCGAUGCUCAAAAGAAACGAGCAGUCAGAGAGAGGGAAAAUGAGCAUGCUCACGGUUAGAACGCGAGAUUGGGAAACUCUGGAAUGCGAAUCUCGAAACCAGCUGAAGUAUGGCACUCUAACCAUUCUGUAACAGGUCUAUGAUUUGACUUUUGCGACGAAGACAGUUUAGCUCGGUUCGGCUCCUAGUCACCAUUUCAAAUGGGGGUGAGUGCAACUGUGCCAAGUUCUUUCGGAAAGGAAUGAGCUAUUGUGCGCAUUUGGAGGACUCUCUUCAGCUCACUAUCAGAUGAGUAGGUCACGUCCAGAAACAGUCCAGCUUUCAACUGUAAACAAACAUCACGCAUCGGCCAGAUCGGUCACCUGCGGAUCCAUCGCACUGAGACUGACGAACCAAUGCCAGUAGCGUCAAUAUAUGCUCGUCGCAGUCAUCUCAACGAUUCGCACUGCCCAUGUACAUUCGCCCACCGCAUGAGCUUAUUCGACCAUAUGCGUUUCCAUGAAAACCCACGGUGAAACAUUGCAGACCAAACCCCAUCACCACACACCUUAUAACCACCUCAUAUACGAACCCACACUGCAUCACCUACGACAGGCACGGAGUAGGCACUACGUAUACAGUAGGGGAGCUAAUUCGUGAAAUGUAAACCGAAAUUCCGAAAUGCGUUUUCGUUUCGAAAAGAUUAAUUAAAAAGGGUUGUAAAACUAGUCAGCCGGCAACAUAAUUCUAUAAUAUUUCGGCUACCUCAGGAUGCCUGCUUUCGAAUGAACUUCCUUCCGGCUGCAUGGAAAAACUACACUCUGUAAAAAAUGACAACAUAAGUAACAUGAAUUUUUCUCAGUGAUUUUCGGUGUCCCUGAAGGUUCACUUAUAUUUCCUGGAAAAUAUGCAUAAAAUAUUCAUUCUUUCGCUCAUUUGGCAGGCAAUUACGUCUGCUUCCAUGCCUAUACUCGAAGGAAGGGUAUAAUUCGGUUUUCAAAAACUAGUCUAAUUCCCGAAUACUGUUGAAGCCGCUCUGCCAUCACACCUGAAUUCAGUGUCUCCAAACUACAAGCCAUGUAUUUUUCGCGUACGGAAAACCGCACAUUUCUCUAAGGUAUUGAGAAGGGACCAUAUGGGGUUCAUAAGAUUUAGCAUUCGAUUUGACCCAUAUUGUUAACUUUACAAGCCACAUUGGUAAAUACAGAGACACGACGAUUUAUGAACGGCCACUUCACGGUAUUUAAAAAUCCCACGAUAAGAAACCUUUUUAAAAGCGAAUGAUGCCCCUCCUUCGAGUAUAAAAUUAGAAGAAGACUUAAUUAUCUACUGAAUGAACAAAAGAAUGAAUAAUUUUGUGCAUGUUGUCCAUGAAAUAUAAUUGGACUUUCUGGGUCAUCGAAAAUCAGGGAGAAAAAUUCAUGCUACUUAUAUAGUCAUUUUUUGUGAAGUAUAGAUUUUGCAUGCAGCCAGAAGGAAGUUCUUUCGAAUGCCGCAUCCUGAAGUAACUGCUGACUUUCCUGAGUUACCCACCUACUGUAUAAGUAGAAUCGUGUUGUUUGAAGCAACCUGGCACCUAAGUAAUUCGUGUGUGACAUACCUAAAUAAGCUCCAGCAGCUCUAUAAAUUACUGCGGACAACCACGGCACCAGAUGACUGACAGGCUCGGACGGCCAACUGGUGCAUUUGAGAGUGAGGUCAAUCCUGGGGAAUUCAACCCCCACGGCAUAUCUCUACGCCCGUUCCUAUAAUGAGUUUGACGCGAUAAACGUCAUGACUUGGAAGGCCACCAGCUGACGGGAUAACUCGAUCCUCUCGGGACACAUUGCCGCUUUCUUAAUGUGGUUUCUAUGGCACUCCCACCAACCUGGCGUCUGGGGGAGGACUACUUCGAAAACUCGGCCCAUGUCGUGUGCGGCACGCGUAGAUGGGCUGUCUGGCGUUUUCAGUCACUGCGUCCGAUCUCAAACCUGGUCGUCCUGAUUCUGCCUUGCCAGCGGGCCCAGGUGGAUGAGGGAGGAGGGCUUGCGAUAUUGCGCAAAUCUGCUACCAAGAGAGGCUAAAUAACGUACAAGUCACUGUGACUGCGCCCACCUUCCAGGGGAACGCACGGUGGUCGAACUGUCGAGAAUGGCAACCUGGGAUAUACAGUAGGUGGCCUAACUCAUGUAAUGUCAACAGAAAUUACCAAAAUGUGUUUCCGUUUCGAAAAGAUUAAUUAGGUAGAGUUGUAAAAUCAAUCAUCUUGCAGCAUAACUCUAUAAUAAUUCUGUUACCACAGGACGCCGGCUUUUGAACAAACUUCGAUUUGGCUGCAUCCAAAAACCACACUCCGUAAAAAAUGACUACUUGAAUAACAUGCAUUUUUCACUGAUUUUCAAUGUCUUCAAAAAUUCAAUUAUGUUGCAUGGGAAACAUGCAUAAAAUGUUCAUUCUUUUUCUCAUUCAGUAGACAAUUACAUCUUAUUUCAAUUUUACACUCGAAGGAGGGACAUAAUUCGGUUUUAAAAAAGUUUCCAAUUGUGGCACUUUUAAAUACCGUGAAAUGGCCCUUCAUAAAAUGUCAUGCCUCUGCAUUUACCAAUGUGGCUUGUAAAGUUACCAAUCUGUCUCAAAUCCACUGCUUAAUUUUAUAAACCCUAUAUGGUCCUCCUUUAUUACCGUAGAGAAACUAUGGUUUUCCGCACGGGAAAUUAUGCGGCUGAUAGUUUGGGAACACUGAAUGCAGGUGUAACGGCAGGUCGGGUUCAAAAUUAUUCGGGAAUGGGGAAAGAUUUAUAAAACCAAAUUAUACACUUCCUUCCACUGAAUGAGCAAAAGAAUGAAUAUUUUUGUUUAUGUUUUCCAUGAAAUGUAAUUGAAUCUUUAAGGACAUCGAAAACCAAUGAAAAAAAUGCAUGCUACAUAAGUAGUCAUUUUUUAUGGAGUAUAGUUUUUGGAUGCAGCCAAAAAGAAGUUUGUUCGAAGGCCGGCGUCCUGACCUAACUGAAUUAUUAUAAAAUUAUGCUGCAUAAUGAUUGGUAUUGCAACACUACUUAACUAAUCUUUUCGAAACGGAAACGCAUUUCGGAAUUUUUGUUGACAUUUUAUGAUUUAGCCCACUUACUGUACGUUCUCGUGCUCUCACCAUCAGAUGAUGUUCAUGUAUAUGGUAGAAGCAUAUAUGCCACGGUACGUUACAUAUCACAACUGGUACAUGGCAUUUUCAUGACUUCCUUUCUGUUUUGAUAGCCAACCAUGUCAUUUUGGCAUAUAAGCUUAGCGCGCUAUUAUUUUGCUGGUGGUUCUUCCGACAAGAGUUGGCCAGUGACUGACUUUGGCGUCUGUGUGGCCAUAUCCCUGGAAAUGUUUAUUCUCUGGAUGUUUGUUGUCGAAUAUGUCGAAGUUUUAAAGAGACUGCCUUAGAGCGGUGCCUUAUGUCUGUUCAAUAACUAUCGUCAUCAGCACGGGGGAAUUCGACUUGAUGCAGUAAACGAUGAUAGAGCCUCGCCACGCCAGUCUCCCUUGUCUUGGUCGGAAACGCUCUUCUGACUAUAUUACGCGCCGCCAUGCGACUGUCAGCGCGCCUCUACACUGAGCCCCAAGGCACAACAAGACGAGUGGGUCCCGUAACGCGACCGAUGGGCGUCCCUCUACCAAUGGAAAAUAUUAUCCCAUCGGUUCCGACUUUGGCGCCUUCUAGUUUGCCUGGGAAUUAUUUCGCUUCUCCAGUGGCGGUUUUGGAAUUCUUCAUCAGCAUCUGGAUUUAAUGACAAAGCCGGUUAUACAUUCUGGCGCUCGGUAAGACGACUGAAGAGAUUAUAUCGGUCAGAGUGGGAUGCCAGUUUUAUGGGUUCUAGGAAGCCAUGCAAUUUGACGUCAUUGGUGCCAUGCAUUCAGAUAUGACCUGCCUCGAGAGGUUUGUUAAUUUGGAUUCUCUAGGACAAGUACAGAAAGGAGCAAUCAGUUACCGCUGGAUGAGUGGACAUAAUAAAGGUGCAAUGGCGUAGACUGCAGCUACCCAUGAAAUCCUUUGCUAUACGCGGUUAAAAUGACAACUGUUUUGAACGCUGCCCAUAUGACCGAAGGCGAGCAGGAGAACUGGUCUCGAAAGGAGCAUGGUAACCUUUUUCCUUCUUGAAGGAAGUGGACGCAUACAUAAAUACUCUGGAUGGUAUAAUAACCGUUACCCCCUUAUCCUGGAUAUUUUAAGGAGUUGAGUACAUAAAGCAAAAAACUACCAAAAUUCAGUCGUUCUGUCCGAACGAACGAAAUUUGCUACAGUAAUCAAAAGUUGGCGAGAUGAUAACAAUAUCACCUUUAUACGCAUAUAUUACUUCGAAAAAUUCCAUUGAUUUCUCGCAGCAGUCCAAUGUGUUUUAUGCUUGUUAUGACGCGGGAGAGGGUAGGACAGGAAGAGAAAGGGUUCGAAGGAGAAGCACUUUCUUGCGGACUCGAGGGGGGUUACAACUCGUAAGAAAGAUGCGCUAUUUAUAGUGGCUCCUGUGCGUUCUAGAACAUUCCGUCCAAUGACGUGUGCGCGAUAGCCCCCCGGUGGAGACGUUCGACCAGCCAUUGAUUUGGGCCGCACACGUGCAAAGCCACCACACGUGCUCGGCGCUGCAGUGCACGCCGGUUGGCCGUCUAACUUUAUGCGUCCCGCGCCGCCGGCUUGGUCCCCUGUUCAGCGCCUUAGGCCGUGAAUCUACGCCGCCUGCACUCUCCAUGACAAUGUUUUGCAUCUGACUGGUGGCCUUCUGAAUCGUGAGUGACAUACAGCUGGUGCGGAUGAUCCAUUUUCGAACAACUUUUCAUCUUAAGUAGAAAUGAACACCAGUAAGUGAGCUCCCCUGCCACAGAAUCCAUUUUCUCCGACGUGAGAUCAUUCGGAGUAGACUCUGUCAGAGUAAUUUAGAAGCAAAUACUACUUGGAGCAUGUUUUUCGGCAGCACCUAAGGCAGAGAGGCUAUCGAUGGCUUCCUAACUCUUGUCCCUAGCGCACUUUCCUUUGCCCAAACUGAAUUUCCCACUUUUCUUUUUCCAGAUUUGCGGCCCAGCUGCUUUCGGGUAUACUGGACUACAAAACUAUCCUGGACACGUAAGUGAGAAAAAUUUUCUCCCUCUCCGCACCUUUUGCGGUAAUCCCGACUGAAUGCCAGAAGAACGGCAGUACUGGAUCUCCCCCAGACCCUUGCUGACCUUUCAUGUUUAUCCGCGUUAUCUGCCGCACAAAUCGCUGACCGAAUCUAUUUUUGCACGGAGUUCGUUUUACAUGCUACCUUAACGCACUCAUGUCAUCGAUUUUGACCAAUCACCCGCAUACUGCAGUCGCUGUCUCCGAUGAAUAAGGCAAAGGAGGCAAACGAAGUCUAGGCGGAAUAAGAGUUUCGCCGGGCACGAUUUUAACCUCCACCCUCCUCAAGAAACAUCUGCAUUUACCACUUUCGCAACAGCACGCGCUGUUUCAGGAGUGCUUCCCACACCAAGCCGAGCUGGUUGUGCUGAAACACGCAAUUUCGACGUAAAUUGGACGUGAUGAUUUGAGUCCUUGUCGUCAUCCUCCUCUUUGCCCUCCCCCAGUCUGCGACGACUUUAACUUCUUCCCUCACGCGAUGCGUGCCCCCUCCUCCUCGCGGACAAGGCAGCACAGGCAAAGGAAGGGGUCGCUUCCAUCUGGUGGGUAGAUGGUGGGCCGAAGCGUCAGCCGAAAUAUGGCAAAACGGUGGGGUUUUGAAAGAAUCCGUCACUCCCACCGUCUUCCCGCUAUCCCCCCCCCUCACCAGGUCCUCCUCGUCUCUUUCUUUUCAGGCCUGAACACUUGAAAGACAUAAAAUUUUGUCUACAUCAGUGGAUAGUUGUGCAAUCCGGUUUCUCGGGAGCUAUAGCCUUUGGAGGCUGUCGGCCUGUUGCGCGUCUGUGAGGCGCCAGUGCGUCCCUUGGUGUGUGUGUGUGUGUGUGUGUGUGUGAACGACUAAAAUUAGACGUCAGAAGUGUUCGCGCGCACAUCCAGUUGCUUUCGAUGGUCAAAAAUCAACCCACGGUCUGAUACAUGAGCUCGCGAUUGCUCGCAUAAGUAAUCCAGAUAGGACCUGAGAGAAUAUGUAAUAUCAGAUUCAGAAGCCUCUACAUCAGAGCGAUGCUUGAAUUGUGGUAUAGUGACAUUUGAAUGGGAUCACGACUUCUGAGGCGGACGCCUACGCUUUUAUUUGGUGCACCGCAAAUAGCUGGUCUAAAGAUAAAUGCAGUCGGGGUAACAAUCGGGAGAUGGCACCCAAAAAAAUCCGUUACCUGGAAAUACUACCUUUAACAGUGAACUCAAAUGCCUUCACGUUAUAUCAGCGGUUGCAGGCCCACUUUCACGUACUCUUUUGAUUUUUUGCGACGGCCUAACAUGGGUUGGCCGAACGAACAUCGCAGGAGGUUACAUGGACGAUGGUCGCUGUUACUCAACCUUCCACAUCGUUAUACACGUACACCUGAAUAUUCGGCAUACAUUCGUAUUAUGGCAGUUUAUCACAAAACAGCAUCACUUUUAAAUAGGAUAAGUCUGCACAACAUGGGACAGGAACAGUUCGCAGGCAUCUGUCAAAGGCAGGGCAUUGAGGCCAAACCAAAGACGAUACUGUACUUCGUCUAUUUGAGUCCACACAGCUUGACCACAUACUAGGCCUCCCUCGUGGAGUUUCCUUUUCAGUCUACUCCAGUAUGCCUCAAUGGCAUUGGUGUGCCGUCCGGUGGUAGGGUCCUUGAAGUUCUUUGAGUGCUUAACAGAGAAAUGUAGAUAACCUUCUGAGGGAAGACGAUUAUACACCUUCCACUCGUUCGUUAUCACUAUACUGUCUUUCUCGACCCAUUUUAUAAUGACGGAACGGAGAGCGGACCAACUUCGAUCAUACACCUGUUCACAUAAGGCUUUCCGUUGGCUAAUAUCGUACAUAACGACCAGCUACCACCCAUAAAACCCCUAUUACUACCUGUCCCGUAAGACAGGCUGCUUUGGUUAGGCUGAUUUUUUGGGUGCCAUCUCCCGAUUGUUACCGCAGUCGGCGCUUACUUACGAAGUUGAUUAGAAUAUGUCUUCUGUCUGUUUCGGAAACUGUGCCACUAGUCCUCUGAGCAUUGUUCAGACCGCAGUGACGCCACCUCUGUACGGUCUCUCAGACUGAAGUUUGCGCAGUCAGGCACGGAUAUGUGUACCUACUCCCCCCCCUCUGGCGUAAGACCAUCUGUAAUACGGGAAUGACGAUAAUAGGGGUCUUUUAGUAGAUGAAGUGGAGCGUCCUUAAAUAUAUGCAUGUAUAAGUAGGAGGAAAUCGUAUUUGCUCUGCACGCCUGUUUUAAUGCAUUAGAAACACUUUAUUGCAAGGUAGUUAAGGGAGAUACACAUCCGUCCUCCAACGUCUGCGUAUCCCCGCUCCCCCCUCCUCGCCCCAGGUUGUUAGCUGUUUCAGAAUUCAGAGGCCAACAGGGUAAGACACGGGCAUGGUUACUCCCCAACCGCAAAAUAAGUGACCUUGUGCAAAAUUCCAGAAAGAAUAAGUAUCCCGCGCCGGCAGUUUUAUGGCACCUGGUUCCCUGCCGGUAGAUGCGCUCGCGUUCCCACUGGAUAUACGGGUCAUGAGUAUGGUUAACCAGUCAUCCUUCUCUUUCUGACCCAUUGUUGUGCUGUUGUUCGGUAGAAUCCUGGUCAAGUGUUUGUUGUAAACCAGGAGGUGUGGUGGUACGUCUAGGCGCGGGUCCGGCCAUGCUAGCCACCUGCGCCUUCCGGUCUUCCUUACUCUGUCUUGAUACCGCACCCAGAUAGGGGAGGAGGAGGGAGUGCAGCAGAUGCUGCUAAAGUCCACUCUUACUAUAAACUAGUCCACGCCCCAGUCACCUUCCCUGCCCUAACCCUGCUGUGGGACACUCGGCCAGACAACGUCGGGCACGACGGGCGGACUUCCAGAAGUUGGCGCAACAUCCUCAAAAUAAGGGGUGGGGUUCCUGUGUCUUGCCGCGAACAGUGUUCAGCGAUUUACCAAAUGCUCCUCUGGCAGUUCAGAACUCUAUGUGCUAAAUAUGGUCCCUAGAGCCGAUUUUUGCCUCGAUAAAAAUAGAGAAGAACUGGUAACUACAGCGUAAUUGAUAGACGAAUCGACUUGGGAUGCUCUCAGUCGUGGUAAGAAAUAAAAUUAUCUUGUUAUUACAAGUCAAAUUACGAGUAAAUUCCUCGGGGUGGAUGAUAUUGAUGACCCGAAGGUGCUUAGAAGUCUAUAGGUCCCCUUUUAUCUUCGUUCUGGCCUAGACCAGUGGAAUUACAACUCUCUUAUCCUCAGAUGUUAACUUUGCCGAGGUAGAUCCGUCAUCUAUUUAGAUCCAUGCCUGAGACCUAUCAAACAGAAGCGACAGUAAAUAUUGUUUCUCCCCAUGUUCCAAACUUAUGGUUUUUAACCCUGCCACUGACUGCCUUUGCGCAGUGAAAAACUCGCAGAAAUUUUUGAAAAUCAUACGGGCAAUCAAGCCGCACACUUGCACUCCCAACAAGAUGUGAACGCCCAGUGUAUUCAUCUUUCUCACCUCACUCUCCCCUCAUUAUCUUCCAUCUGCCAAUUCUUUGACUUCCAAAAUCCUUUUGACGUUGUGGACUCCCCUGGACCCUUGCAGACGAUCACUCCCAAUCGAUCGUGUGUCCCACAACCGAAAGGGACAACCACUGUGCAUGGAACAGUACUACCGUCUCUUCACCUCCUAUCGCUACCCGGGAGCCAGGCGAGACGAUACAGUGACAAGGGACAUGUCUGAAUUGGCGGAUUCUGCGCACGCAAUCGUUGUUUGCAACGAUCAGGUGAGGUGUAGAGCCAUCCCGCACACUCAACCCUCCUCUUACAAUUGCAUCUACAAGCAGACAGCCAGGCAACCUCCUGUCUGGGGGUGCGACAUACCAUCUGAGUCACCAGGUCUGCCUUCGUCCACUAUUAAACUCCUUCUGGACCAACCAAAUGGGGAGAUCUCGACGAAUCGAAACAUCAGCGGAAAGAAAGUAGUCUAGUAGUACACUUACAGGAAAAGCAAUCCAAGGGCGAUCAACGAGGCGUUCUCUGACUUUGCCCUGAUGUGGAUGUAAAACUUUAGCCAUGUCAAAUACCAUCAAAUGACUGUACAGUAGGUGGGCUAACUCAUGAAGUGUCAACCGAAAUUCCGAAAUGCGUUUUCGUCUCGAAAAGACUAAUUAAGUAGGGCUGUAAAACUAGUCAGUCUGCAAUAUAAUUCUUUAAAAUUUCGGUUACCUCAGGAUGCCGGCUUUCGAACGAACUUCCUUCCGACUACAUGCACAAACUACACUCCGUAAAAAAUGACUACUUAUCUAGCAUUAAUUUUUUUCAUUGAUUGUCGAUGCCCCUAAAUGUCCACUUAUUUUUCAUGGAAAACAUACAUAAACAUAUUCAUUCUUUCGCUCAUUCGGAUGACAAUUUCGUCUUCUUCUAAUCUUAUACUCGAAGGAAAGGUAUGAUUCUGUUUUUAAAAUUUUUUCCAAUUCCCGAAUAAACUUGAACCCGCUCUACCGUUGCAUUUGGAUUCAGGGUUUCAAAACUACAAGCCGCAUAUUUUCCGCGUACGGAAAACCCCACAUUUCUCUACGGCAACAAAGGGGAACCAUAUAGGUUUCAUAAAAUUAAGCAGUGGAUUUGAUCCCUAUUGUUAACUUUACAAGCCACAUUGGUAAAUGCAGAGAUAUGACGAUUUAUGAAGGGCCAUUUCACAGUAUUUAAAUAUGCCACAAUUAGAAACUUUUUUAAAAUUGAAUUAUGUCCCUCUUUCGAGUGUCGAAUUAGACCAAGACGCCGUUAUCACCGAAAGAGUAAAUGAAUGAAUAUUUUUAUGCAUGUUUUCCAUGAGAUAUAAUUGGACUUAUAGGGGCAUCGAAAAUAAAUGAGAAAAAAUAAUGCUAGAUAAGUAGUCAUUUUUUAGUAUAGUUUUUGUAUGCAGCCGGAAGGAAGUUCUUUCAGAAGCCGGCAUCCGGAGGUAACCGAAAUAUUAUAGAUUUAUGUUGCAGGCUAAUUAGUUUUACAACCCUACUUAAUUAAUCUGUUCGGAACGAAGACGCAUUUCGGAAUUUCGGUUUACAUUUCAUGAGUUAGCCCACUUACUGUAUGUCUUUUGGACCAACCAAAGGGGGCGAUCUCGAGGAAUCGAAACAUCAGCAGAAAGAAAGUAAUCUAGUAGUACACCAAAUACAUGAAAAGCAAUCCAAGGACCACCAACGGGGCGUUCUCUGACCUUGCCCUGAUGUGGAUGUAAAACUUCAGCCAUGUCACACAUACCAUCAAAUGACCGUAUAUGUCUAAGAAAUAUACUCUAUUAGGAGUAGAGCUACAGUUAAAGCAUUCUGAGUACAAAAAUCGUCGAUGUCUUAAUCAGUAGCAUAAAGGGUAUUCUUUAAAGAAAUCCGACGAAACCCGAGGCUUGAAAGAACAGUCACGAUCGGAUGAUCGGGAACGCCUGGGGUUCCCGCAUACCGAGUGUCUUCGCGUCGUUCGCUAACUGUCCCUCGAUCCCAAUUUGGGAAGACUUUCCACCAGAACCAAAGUCCGUCCGUUUGAAGCAAACUUAGUUGCAGGGUUUAGUGCGGGAGAACUGGCUUAUUUAGCCCCCCCUAACAGGACAUGGAAAUGAGAAUGUCCCGUCCGAGUAAUAAGGAUGGAUCGGUGCAUAAUUCCGGAAAGGACAAAAAAUUUCCGUGUCCUAAUCCCGACAGUAACCCUAAUAUAAAACUAAGCUAUUGCCCUAAUCUUGGCCCCAACCCCUCCCCCUAAACCUUAACUCUGCAGUUAGCACUCCCCCCACCUAAACCCCAAACUUUAUCCUAACUUACCUCACCGUUAACUUUAAAUCGCUUUUACUUAAGUAUUAACCUAACCUUAAACCUGACCCUAAUUGUACUGAAAUUUGGCUCCAAGCACCCGUAUAGCAGGUGGUUCCUGUUAUCAUGUCCUUUUUAGGAGCUCGUCUAAGUCAGCCGUACCUUUAUUAAAUUCAGUCGAUACUGCCCGCAUUGAUUGGGGCUUGCAGUUAUCCGUGCUGGUUUCCGGACAGGGUCCUCCAGUCUUUCUGGGUCCAGUGUUCGACCAGGGCAAUGAUUUGCGUUCGUCUAUUCAAGGCGGCUAAGAUCUGCCAGAAAAUGACUACUGACACAAUGCCGAUGGAACUGAAUACCUCUAAGGUUUCCCGCUUGUAACACUGUCCAUAGGUUGCUUUCGCAUGGCCUAAAGGGGAUGGUUAUGCAGGCAUGGGGGGCGAGAAUACAGUAGGUGGGCUAACUCAUUAAAUGGCAGCCGAAAUUCCUAAACGCGUUUUCGUUUCGAAAAAAUUACUUAAGAAGGGUUGUAAAACUGAUCAGUCUGCAGUACAAUUCUAUAAUAAUUCAGUUACCUCAGGAUGCGGGCUUUCCGAAUGAACUUCCAUCCAACUGUAUGCAAAAACCACACUUUGCAAAAAAUGACUACUUAUGUAGCAUGGUUUUUUCUCAUUGAUUUUCGAUGCCCCUAUAAGUCCAAUUAUAUUUCCGGAAAAACAUGCAUAAAAAAUAUUCAUUAUUUUGCUCAUUCGGUAGAUAAUUACGUCUUUUUCUAGUUUUAUACUCGAAGUAGGGACAUCAUCCGGUUUAAAAAAGUUUCCGAUUAUGGGAUUUUUAAAUACCGUGAAAUGGCCGUUCAUAAAUCGUCAGAUCUUUGCAUUUACCAAUGUGGCUUGUAAAGUUAACAAUUCGGAGCAAAUCCACUGCCAAAUUUUAUGAAGCCUAUAUAGUCCCGCUUUAUUACCGUAGUAAAAUCUGUGGUUUUCCGUACGCGAAAAUAUGCGGCUUGUAGUUUGAAAACCCUGAAUGCAAGUGUGACGGGAAUCGGACAGUUUUUGAAAACCGAAUUAAGUCCCUGCUUCGAGUUUAAAAUUGGAAGAAGACGUAAUUAUCUACCGAAUGAGCAAAUGAAUGAAUAUGUUUGUGCAUGUUUUCCACGAAAUAUAAUUGGACAUUUAGGGGCAUCGAAAACCAAUGAGAAAAUGCAUGCUACAUAAGUAGUUAGUUUUUACUGAAUAUGGUUUUUGCAUGCGGCAAGAAAAAAAUUUUUUCGAAAGCCUGCAGCCCGAGGUAGCUGAAUCAUUAUAAAAUUAUGCUGUAUGAUGAUUACUUUUACAACCCUAUUUAAUUAAUCUUUUCGAAACGAAAACGCAUUUCGGAAUUUCGGUUGACAUUUCAUGAUUUAGCCCACCUACUGUAGGAUAGGAUAGAUGUUUCCUCACAAAGCACGCACACAUGGUCGAUGAACCAGUCCUGUCUGUGUCCCAAUACUGGAGGGGUGACAAACCGAAUCAAAGUAAGUGCACGCAUUUGUGAACCAAAACCUUACAACAAAGAUCCAGGUAACAGAGAUUAACAAAAAGCUAUUCAGCUGUGCGGCUAAUUGCAGUAUACGACGGCCAGCAGGAUAAUAUGAUCUAUUGCUAGAAAACACGGUACCUGGCUCAGUAGAGAUGUCUCACCUACAGUGUUGUUUACGCUGGUAAAACUAGUAUGGAUGCGACGACUAUGUGAAGGCAGGGAAAUCGUUUGCAACCUCAUGUAACACCAGUGUGUAAGGUAGUUUCAUGAAGGCGAUUUUUAUUGGUCAUAAUUAAGGUCAAUCACGAGCCACUGGACAUCUUAUCUAUACUUUGAAUACUCUAGAGGCUGGAUCUAGUUUCAAUGAAACAGCGUUUAGGCACACACCCUUAAGAGCAAACAGAAAUAAAUGAAAGGAAAAAAGGACAAAUAAGACGCGCUUAUAUCUUCCCCUCAAAGUACUCAUUUAUUUAAUCUUUUUCAGUGAGAAAAAAAUCUACCGUUCGCUCAUAAUCCGAGAUAGGUGUCAUAGGGGGCUUGGGUCUUCAACUGCUGAUGAAGGUAGCAAUACCCACCAAACUCUCUCAAAACGCCCUAGUUCGUCUGCAUUUCUUUAGGGAAAAGGUCCUACCUUUUAAAGCACGCGCGUUUCUUGUCAUCUGUUGGGUUAGCAUGAAAAAUACCGUCUCGAGCAUUUUGACUGUCCUCUUUCCAGUUCUUGGUAUUUAUUAAAAUUUUCUGCUUCCUGCAGUUUUACAAACUAGAGCUUCUCCAGGACGGCAGACGUCUGGAGGAUGAAGAGAUUUACAACCAACUACGGAGGAUCACACACGAUGCCGCCACGAAUAGGGAUGCAGUGACGCGUGUUGGAUCACUGACGGCUUUGCCGAGACCUCGCUGGGCUAAAGUUCGAGAGUACAUGGCCUCAGGUACUAUUUCGUCUUUUAAGCAAUUUAAGAUGACUCGGUAACCCGUCUUGGAUCAGUAAUAGGGUGCCGAAUUUCUAUGUGCGCGUAUCAUCUCAAACUUUAGAGAGUUUAUUGGAGCUCAACAUUGGUAUUGCUUAUCGGCUACAAAGUAGUGGGUUAACCGUCUUGUUGAUUAGGUCAGCCUAUCCUGCCUUGUUUGAAGUUAGAAAAUUGUUUGUUCAGUACCCCACACCGGCUUAGGGUCCAGAUAAAAUGUUAUAAAAUCAGAUGGAGGACUAGAAUUUUAGAAGUCCAUCAUGUUUCUAGUGUUAAGCCCAUUCACUUUUUGUCAGAAUAACGGAAUAAAAUCAUACAGAGCAUCUUGGUUCAUGUGCUGCUGUUGAAAUCACAGAAGGAAAGGACGUCAAGUUGUGAGUAAGGAAGAACUACUCGUUAAUCUGACUGAGCCUUCGAGCUCGUGCAGGGAUCCAUCGUCAGAGAUAAAAACAGGGACGGGACAGGCGACAGUUGUAGGUGACAUUAGCCAAUCAGCGACGCAGACGUGGAGGCGGCUGCGCGGGGCUCUGUAUGCCAGCGCCAAAUCGAUACAUAGAUUGAGUUCGCGCCCGACACCCGGGCCCCGAUCAAUUCUCGGCCUGUCUCGUUUCCGGUGUGGUCGAUUAUCCCGGGCGGUGGGUCACUCUAUUCGGGCACCAUCUGUUUAUCGGCUCCCGUCCGUAGCUUCAUGAAGCUGUGUUGAACGCGACGGCCGCACUAGACGAACGAAUCCUGUGUGUCUCUUUAACGCCAGAGAUGAUGCGUGCGAAACCUAACUUAAUUAUGGGAGAGCGAUACGCCGUGUUGCGGCUUUCGUGGGCGGUUUCCUAUGUCAGGUCAGCCAUUGCACCCAAGUCCAUCUUUGCAGUAUCUGGUUUAUCCAAUGAAAUUCUGAACGGUGUUUUCAGCUAGGAAGGAUUACAAGGUGGGGUUAUAGUAUUUAUUAUUGUACAAAGCCGUCUCACGAUGUUUCAGUCGUGCCAAGGUGGCGGCUUCUGAAUAAGCUUUGGUCCGCCUGCCUCCGAAAAAUAAAACCGCUAAAAAAUGAAUGCAUACGUAGUUAAAUAUUUGCCCAGGACUUUCGAUGUGCGUAUAAAUUCUGGUAUAUUUCAUUGAAGUAUGCUCAAAAAUAUUGUUCGUCGUCCUCAUUUGGUAGAAAACUACGUCAGUCGGUUUGAAAAAGGUUUGUUAUUAUUUGAUUUUCCUAGACCAUUAAAAGUCUACUCAUACAGCAUCCUGUCCGUCCGUUUGUUAAUGCUGCUUAGGAAUUAUACAAAAAUGGGCCGCAUUUAUUAUGAAAUUUUGUGAUCCGUAUUUGACAUCUUGAUAUUAUAGAGAAACGAAUGAUUUUUCGUACAAAGAAGGCAGUUUGGAAGCUUUUGGCGAAAGUGCGACUGCGGAUUGGGUUCAAAAUUACUCGGGCAUUGAGAAUGUUUUUCAAAACCCAAAGAUACCCUUCCUUCAUGUAUGGAAUUCGAAUAAGACGCAAUGUGCAAAAAAUGAGUGCACGAAAGAAUAUUUUUGUGCGUUUUUUCUAUAAAAUGUAUUUGCAUUUAUGAAAGGCAUCGGAAAUUAACAGGAAGAAUUUAUGCUGCAUGAGUGGUCAUUGUUUACAAAUUGCGGGCCUUUUAGGUGGGCGGAAAGAGACACAUUCAAAAGCCCGCAUCCAGGCGUGACAAAAACAUCUUGAGAUUAUUUCGCACAAUAAUCAGUACUACAGAAAACACAUCUGAGAAUUUCGAUUAAGCUUUCGUGAGAUAGACAUGAUACUGUGGUUAUCCUGAGUCAGUUUUGCCACUGGAAGAGGGUGCACACUUGAGAAAAAGAAGUAUGGCUGAGACCGCAGAAGUCAUCAUCGUUUCGUCAGCACGUCCUGCUCGAAGGACAAACUACAAUAUACAAUGGUAUUACCGACAAAGACGAGGGAGACGGGAAUGGCCAUUUCUGGCUUAUUUGCCGUCGUCAGGCAGUCAUACCCAACCCCGAAUUGUGGCACACCCAAGGCUCGAACUCGCGACCUGUUUGUUAGAAGUCCAACACCCUCUAGCCGUUGGGCCACGAGCCCGUUGCCCUGUCGGUUUUUGCUAGAGAAUAUACAAUGAUAGAGGGACGCUCACCGAUCGUUCAUACGGAACUCACUCGUUCCGUUGUGCCUUAAGGGCUCUCUCUCGACCCCAACCAGCGGCCACACAGCGGUGCAUGGUAUAUAGGCAGAAUGAUAUUACCGACAAAGACAAUGUCUACCGGGGCCCAUGUUCAAUGCUUGUGAUCUUUUACCGCCAGCCUAGCAUUCUGGACCUUUAAGUUCGUUGUUUCGAGUUACAUUCUUUUCCAACCACAAGGAAUUCCACUCUCACCUUCCUCACCCCCUGCCCUCCGCGCUCACCUGUAGAUCCGGUCAAUAGAAAGAGUCUGGAGGCCAUCGAGAGCAGCAUGUUCCUGCUCUGUCUGGACAUGUCACCGGUGCCGGUAAUCGAGUCCGUUGACGAGUCAGACGAGGCUGCCAUGCUGGCGGCCGACAAUGACGCCAAGGAGGACACCCUCUGCACCCACCAUCGGGACGACAAACUUCUGGCUCAGCAGAUGCUCCAUGGCAUGGGAAGCAAGCUCAACGGUGCCAACCGCUGGUACGAUAAGACCAUGCAGGUAGGUGGACCUGCUUUCACCUGCGUGUCCUCCCUACUGUUGUUCUUGUCUGCCUGCUAGGUAAAGCAAGCGUGAACAGAAAAUGUGGGUUUAGAGCAGCCGUAGGCUGCUGCGUUUCGUGUCACGGCAGUGUGAGCCCGAAUCAUGGGGGACGGACAGCAUUUUCUUCUGUUUUAUCAGCAACAAUCCUCUUUUGAAAAUUAGCCCGCGUGACCGUGAAAUGGCUGUUCAAGUAUCAUAUGAUCUGCUCACUUAUGAAUGGUCCUUAUCGAGUAUACAACUCAGUCCAAAUUCAUUAAAAAAUAUUGUGAGCCCAAUUCAAUAGAUGAACCCACGAUUUGUCUUACGUGAAGAUUUUACGGAUCAUAAUUUGGAAACUUAAGUAAUAAGUGUGACGGCAAGUCAAUUUCCAGCAUAUUCUUAAAACCGGGAGAUUCCGUUCCUUCGCGUGUCUACUCGGAGAAAACGAUGUCACUACCCAAUCAGUACAAGACAUUUCGCAUGUUUUUAAAAAAUGAAUAAAUAAGGGUGUCAAAACGAAUUUAAAAAUUCAUGCUACUUAAAUAGCCACUUCGUAGCGGACGUACCCUCUGCAGGCUACUGCAAGCAGCGUAUUCGAAGCAGGCACCUUGGCGUAACUGAAAUAUCUUGGGAUAAUGCUGAGCGACAAUCAAUAUUCCAACCGCACUUAAGUAAUCUUCCCUAAUCGAAAUCGUAUGUCAACAUUUCGCCUACAUUUCAUAAGAUUUAUCCUUGACUGAGCUUUAAGGAUGAGGACAGGUAAGCUAUUUGAAAGGUAGGAUGAUAAAUAAGGUAAUCUUAUACCGAGGAAUGUUUCCAACAAAUACAAAGAAAACUUGAAUGUUCAUUUCUGACUUAUUUUUCCGCGGCAGGCAGUCAGACCACAACCACAAGUCGAGUACUUGGGACUCAGACUGGAGUCUGUUAGAAAUGUAACUUUUAAGAUUUAAAAAUGCCGAAAGUGGAUAUUCCAGUCUUUCCUGUUUUCUUAUCGACAUCAUCUUGAUUACGGCUUCUUAAAAAGCCUGCCGGCUUCUAUAAAAUGUCGUAUUGAACGUGAUCUGGUCAGUAAGCACUUGGAAAGGAAUGCUAAUAAGUCUUUGAAUCGUAGAUUGCACCAGUAGUCAUGAGAAUGCCUAAAAUUCUCAUAAUAUGAAGGAUAUCCUUGAUUAUCAUCUUAGAAAACCGAAAUUUCUGCCCGGUGACAGUUAUGUUCGGUGAUGCUGGUAAGAGCAGUUAUAGUAGUAGCGUUUGGCUCCUACGAAGACCUGCACUACAAAUGCGUCGAACCACAACGGAUGUAAGGUUGACUCACUGCGCGUCUCCAUCGAGCUGUGCCGAGUUCGCGAUAACUCAUAACUACCGCCGUGCAUGCGCGUGUGCCCCGCCAGCCACUGCGCUCGCUGCCAACACCCGUUGGUUGACAGACGACUGGUGAACGGAAGAGGGAAGAAACGUGAGUCAAGACUAGGGGGCCCAUCCUCACUAAUAAAAAGUCUAACGCUCUAAAAAUCGUGGCAUGGAGGGUUGCCAACUGAUGAUAUGGCACACCCCUUUUCAGGAUCGAGAGUCAGGCUGCGAUAGCUCUUUCUCACAGUGGCCUUUGUGGCACUCUCGCACAUGCAAUAUUCGAGACACCCUUACAGAAGCCCGGUACAUGUAGUGGGGACUGGUUUGUGUGUGGCACGCGUAGACGAGCUGCUCCCCUUUUCCAGCCACUGUACCCGAAUCCGAGUCAGGUUGUCUCGACAUCGCCGUAACGCUCAAUCCUAGUGGUUGGGGUAGGGGAGAGUGCAAUGGACUCUGUGCAAGUCUACCCCUCUAUAGGUUAAUUCACGGGCAAGUCCCCGACGCUGCACUCACUCCGUGGGGCAUGCGCUGGACUCCGUUGCCUGUGGCGGUAGAAAUAUCACCAGGUUACUUUUCCAGGGAUCGUUUACUCUUUGGGCAACGAAGAUGCCGACUUGUCAAUAAGUUCUCCCUAUUUUCGAGUAUUAUGCUGCGAUAAACUAUUUCCCCUAUUCGGCGCACCCAUGAGAAUUCUGACGAAAUUCUAAGGGGUCUUUAAAACAGAUCAAACGUUCUGUAGUUUGCUUGAGCUAUUCUGAGCGACUAAUUGUUCUCCACGAAAACCUGAGCAAAACUUGAAAACUGCGAUAAUGUCCACACGAGGUUGGCAGCACAUUGACAUUUCCCGAAGACAACAAUAUCCGUAUGCGUAGCAGAAGUGACGUUCAGGUAAACGCCUGUCAGGCUGAACUCGACCUACUCAAGAUGACAGAGUAAGUGACGACAGAGACGUGGGUAUUUCCAAUAUCUGCUAAAAAAAACCUUUUAAUUAAAUGACUCGGUAGUCCUCUGGUGGAUUCUGGAUUGGUUAUCUGGGAAGUCCUGCAUGGGCAGUCAGCUUACUGUAUCAGAUUUAGUGGAUUUCAUACGUCUGCAGGUCUUAGAAAGUCGCACGACUUUUUACUAACGUUUUAAAACUGUCUCUUGUAGUCUUUUAUGCCUUAUAUAUUUGACAGUUACCAGCGCGUUAUUUAUGGAAUCUAGGUUUAUAGUGGCCGUCGGGGAACUUGGAUUCCGGGCGGGUAAAGGCCCCGGUUAGUCGUAUAAAGGCUUUAUUUUCUUCAUGUCAGUGCCCGUCCCCCUCCUAACACCAGGUCCAGACGCGUCAGUCAGCAAUGACUAAUUUUUUAAAACGAACUCCGAUUAAGCACAUCCGUUCUCAGAAUGCAUAGAAGCGGUGUCAGGCAUCCCGGAACAUGCAUUAGGCUAUCUAACACUCCGGUGUAGCAUCUCCAGUCAGGUUCGUGCUACGAUUAAACUCGGCAUCUUCAACUAGCAGCCGGCAUACGAAUUUUUCUUUCCGCUGUCUACGGACCGAGUAGGCGUUCGCUAAACGCCUCCCCCCCCCCCAUCAUUGCGCUCCAAUUCACCAGGGCAUUGAAAUUCAAAACGGAGCUUGAGCGGAGAGUUCAUCCUAAAUCUAUGGUCCUACUUGACCCCCUCUCCGCGCACUCCUUCAAGCAGCCUAAGGAAGGAGGUGGCCGGGUGGGUGGUGGGACGGUCGUGCCCCGUCGAUGCAUAAUCGGAAUAAAAUUAAAUUUGCCUUAUCCUACCUUCAUAGCCGGCAGUUCGGUGUUAUUUUUUCGGAUUUUGCUUUCACUUGAAAUGGUCGAAGAUACAAGGAUUCGGCUUCUGACAAAAGUGUGGGAUUAUAGUAGAGUGGAACGUGCCUACGAAAUAUGUUACGACGUGUCUUUAGAUACAGUAAGUGGGCUAACUCAUGAAAUGUCAAACGAAAUUCCGAAAAGUGUUUUCGCUUUGAAAAGAUUAAUUAACUGGCGUUGUAAAACGUAUCAUCAUGCAGCAUAAUUAUAUAAUAAUCCAGUUACCUAAGGAUGCCGGCUUUCGAACGAACUUCCUUCCGACUGCAUGCAAAAUGUAUACUGUGUAAAAAAUGAUUACAUGUGUAGCAUGCAUUUCUCUCAUUGAUUUUGAUGCCUUAGAAAUUCAAUUAUACUUCAUAGAAAACAUGCAUAAAACUAUUCGCGCUUCUACUUAUUUGGUAGAAAUUAACUUUCACUUUAAAUUUUAUACUUGAAGAAAGGGUAUUAUUUGGUUUUUGAAAAGUUCCUAAUUGUGCGAUUUUUUAUUACCGUGAAAUGGCCUUUCAUAAAAUAUUGUGUCUCUGCAUUUACCAAUGUUGCUUCUUAAGUUCACGAUAUGGCUCAACUCCACUUCUAGAUUUAAUGAACCCCAUAUGGUCUCCUCUUAGUACCGUAGGGAAAUGUAUGGUUUUUCGCACGCGGAAAAUAUACGGCUUGUACAUUGGAAACUCUGAAUGCGAAUGUAACAUCUAGUCGGGUUCAAAAUUAUUCGGAAAUUAGGAAAGUUUUUGAAAACCGAAUAAUACCCUUUCUUCAUGUAUAAAAUUUAAAGAAGAAGUUUUAUGCAUGUUUUCUAUGAAGUAUAAUUGAGUUUCUAAGGCAUCAAAAUUCAAUGAGAAAAGUGCAUACUACAUAAGUAGUCAUUUUUUUACACAGUAUAAAUUCACCAUGCAGCCGGUCGGAAAUUCGUUCAAAAGCCGGCAUCCUGACGUGACUGAAUUAUUAUAGAAUUAUGCUGCGCGAUGAUUAGUUUUACAAUGCCAUUUAAUUAAUAUUUUCAAAACGAAAACACAUUUAAGAAUUUCGGUUGACAUUUCAUGAGUUAGCCCACCUGCGUGGCUCGAAGUAUGAGGUAAACGCCCAACUUGCGUGAAUAGCGUCUACUUUGCGUUCACUUUAGUUAAUGUUUGAUGCUUUUCAAAAAAAUGUAAUUAUUACGAUGCGUAUCAAAAUCUGAUUUGCCAAAUUUUACAGUGUCGUGGAAAAGAUUGGCCUACCAAAUGGUCGAUUUUAAGAGGAGGCUAAGUGUCAUCAUCAACUACCUGUUGAAAGGGACCAUUCGCCUAAGUGAAUGACGGUUACGUGUUUGAAAUUACGCCGGCUUCAAAUCUGCUUGCCCAAAUCAACCUUGAACAGACGACCUUGUGUCGGUGUAGCCGACAGGCAUUUUGUCCUUCAAACUACUGUCGUCUUCAUACUGCUGUCAUUAAACGGCCUGAGUGCGACUCACACUACUCACUAACACCACCUUUCAUUGACGCCGUUAGGAGCUUGUUUAACUAUCGAUUCCCACGUGUCAAUUGGCAUUUCCCUGCAAUAACAGACAGCAAGGUUACCUAGGUCACUCAGGAAAUGCGCGAGGCAGUCGUCGAUAGUCCUUCUAUUUGUACUGUAGCUCGCCAACUGUUUUGUAUUCUUUUUUUGAAAAAUAUGCUCUCUUCCGCCUGGACGCCUUCUGGGGGGAAAAUCAGUUAUUUUUAUGUCAACCAGGAAGGCUUACGUCACACUUUAACCGUCUUAGCAAAUCUUUUGCUCAUGUACCGACUAAGAUACUUUUCUAGAACAAAAACUCUCCUACCAUUUCGCAACUUGUAAAUGAACUAUGUUAUUGACAGUUUCGAGGUUAUCACAGCUCUACAGCAACCUCUGCUUGCUGCUCAGGACUUAAUUUAUUUCCCCCUAACCUGACUAUUUCGAUCAACGCAACAUCGUAGACCUGCAGAGUCGACGUCACGAAAACGCCCAUGGCCUUCGUCAAGGCCCACCAAUCGGUGCUUAAAGAUAGAUUGCUAGUAAGUAUUAUAUACGACGUUGUAGCAUGAAGUAUCUCGUUCGUUCUUACCCUCUUCAAGUGUUUUAUCAUACUGUGUGCGAUCCUUUGUCCGCCAGUCCUGCAUUAUUGCUAAUUUUGAGCGUCUCAUAAAUAGAAAGUCACUAAGUCUCACUCCUCUCCUGUCUAGAAGCACGCGUCAAAAGUCCCCUCCUAAUCACUCCUGAAGGACAUCCAUUCCGACACUUAAAAUGAGGUGUGACAUGCAAAUAAAGCAAAAUUAUAUUCACUGAUUUGUCAUCGAGGACAUAAUUCUGAAUACUUGAGGUUCAGAUUUAAUCUCUACCUGUAGGAAAAUGCCACGCACAGUUCGUAUCAUGAUGGUCUUACAGCCGCAGACCACUGAUACUCUCCUCACUUGGCAAAGGAGAUCGUCAUGCACCGUGCAUAAUGCCAGCUGACCAAGGCUACAGUUAAGCUACGAUACCAGAAACUCAUUCAUGCCGGUGGUCUUUAUGGCUGUAAGAUUUAUCCACGAGUUGUUGCUUCUCACUUAUUGCCUAAACAGCUCGCAUUAGAUUAGCUGCUACCGAGGAUGCCCAAAACAAGUCUGUAAUAGAAGUUCAAAUUUCGUCCAAAUUUUUCAUGAAAAGGCAGUGAGAGUACCACGUGGUCGGCGAGUUACUAUAAAGUUAAAAAAACGAAUGCCACACCAACUACAAAUGUCAUUCACACCUGGAUUUCCAACGUUCGGCCACGCCAUCAUCCGUAACACACCACCAAGUACGUGAAUUCGGAAGUCCUCCUAAGUUGGUGCCUCAUUAAUUUCAUAGCACACCCCUACACAACCUCCUAUCUGACAGUUUAAAGUCCCUGAAAAUACAAACUCGUAUAUAUAUACACCCGUUGUUCGUGCAAACUUGUUUUCCAAUUACGUGCUGGAAUAGGGAAAUACUUUGGACCUUGUCUGAUAGAAGCAUGAGGUCGAGGACGACCACUGUCACUAACGGGUGAGUGAAGCUAUACAGCAAAUCACUUAGUCUCUAUGUGUGCUACUGACCGCCUGUUGGCAAAAUGUGAAUACUACCCAGCUAUUCUGCCGAAGCUGAUGGAGUUCAACUCAAAUACCAACAUGAGCUUCCGGAUCAAAGUUGAGAAAGUGUUCGUCGAAGCAUUAAUCCCAAUUUCGCAUAUGUCUGUGGAAAAUAAAGAGAUUAACAGAGGUGGUUUUCUAGAUAUUACAACUAUCUUGCCUCUGGUCGACCCUGGAGUCGUCUUCUGUGAGCAAUAAUCUGCCUAGUUAGAGUCGUUAACUCUUUCGGCCCUAUAGUCAAGUCGUUAGAGAGUACAUGGUGGUAAUAAUGCGGUCCACCUACUAAACGAAUUGCCGUCUAUAAAAGGAUAUGGCAGCAACAUCCUGGCUUAUAAGUGUCGCCGCGCGGGUUUAUGAGCUAUGACCGUUUUAAUCACUGCCAUUCCCUCUCAGCAGAUAGUCUCUGCAGGGAGUCUUCCUUCCUCAACAUCGCCGGUGUCCUAGGAAAGCGUUAGCCAGAAGAACCCUAUACACUCUGACGCUAACUUGAAAAUUUGUCAAAUAAAAAUUUGAAACUGCUGCUGUCUCGGCAACAGAAGCUUUUACUCUUUACCCGAAACCCUUAUGACGUCCGAGGAAGGAGAAAAGUGCACUCAAAGGCAAUCAAUGACUUUAAGCAGGUGUUGCAUUUUGUGUUUGCUUUCGAAGUUAAUGUGAAAUCGGAAAUCACCAGCCUACAGUCGAGUAAGAAAAGUCUGAGACAGCGUGGACUCACAAAGCUCGGGCUAUUCCAUAGUCAUCGCACGAUUAACUUACGUUAUGAUUCAAAGUCAAGUACGUGGCUGCGUUCAAGUAAUGCCAACGUCGAUCAGACUUCAAAGUUUUGGACCAAAAUGGCCAGUUGUGGUUAUGUAGCAUCACAUGAAGUAAACAAACCCCAGCCACCUGUAAUACGAGGUCGGCGAUAAUGAUGGUUGUUACCGACUGAACCGGAAAUUGCAUGGGCGACGACUUCAAUUAAUUGUAUGCAAAAUAAAAGCUAUUGGAAGUGUGCGGUUAUACUUUGAGUUGUUGAGAUAUAGGUGCCCUAACUUAUAGCCCUAACCUAACCCCAAAUCCUAACCUUAACCUUUAACCCCAACCCCAACAGUAUUGUGCGCAUCAGGUGGGGCUAAAUAACCAUAUCUUACCGCCAAAACCGCUUCAAAUGGAGCAAACGUGACCCGUAUCGUUCAGUUUCGAUUUGCCAGAAGAUCACAGUACUGGUCCUUUUGAGCACUCGCGUUGCCAACAGUCAAAUUUGUCAUUUGACAAUUCUUUCGAAUGCCUGUUGGCUCUUCUAAGAACCAACAAGCCGCUUCAGCUUUACAGACUAGCCUUAUCUAGUCGUGCCCGGACAGACUUGCACUGCGAAAGCCUGAUUAUCUAGACGGCUGUGUCCCGCCCUUCUUGAUUGCGACAGGGCCUAAUCAACAGCCCCCUUGGGGAUUUGUUAGGAUUCAAGAGGGAGGUGCGUUGUUCGUAAAUUAGGCUACUAUGCUUGACCCGAUCUCCAAAUUUUACUAGAAUCCGCGACAAUGUUGUCUGCCCGCGUCUCAAAUAAGUGCAAGGUUGUCCUCUUGGCCAUUUAACGCUUGCCUGUUGCUGCUUGAAGUUGGUGAUGUCGACUUUUUUGUCAAUGGUGGCGAUUAUGUCGCUGUGUGUUAGCCGUGAGUCGUUUGCUUUAUUCAGAAAUGUUCGCCCUUGAAGUUCCUAGCAUUCAAAGGAAAAAUCGCCCUUUCCUGGGGAAAGUAUAAAAGCCAGAGGAAAGCAGCCGCAAAAAAUGACUGUUUUAAACAGCGGACACUCAGUCAUCGAUACUUCGCUGUCAUUCUACACGCACUCAUUCAGACGAAGUCGAAUAACACGAAGUGCCCUUACAGUAGGUGGGCUAACUCAUAAAAUCUCAGCAGAAAUUCCGAAAUGAGUUUUCGUUUCGAAAAGAAUAAUUAAGUCGAGUUGUAAAACCGCUCGCAGUAUGGCAUAAUUCUAUAAUAAUUCUGUUAUUUCAGGACGCCGGCUUUCAAAUGAACUUAUUUCCGGCUGCAUACAAAAACCAUACUCCGAAAAAAAUGACUGCUCAAGUAUCAUGCAUCGUUUCACUGAUUUUCGAUGUCCUUAAAGAUCCAAUUAUAUUUCAUGCAAAACAUGCAUAAAUUAUUCAUUCUUUUACUCAUUCAGUAGAAACUUACGUAAUCUUUCAAUUUUACACUCGAAGGAAUUUUAUAAUUUGGUUUCAUAAAACUCUUCCAAUUCCCGAAUAAUUUUGAGCUCGACCUGCCGUUACGCUUUCGUUCAGGAUUUUCAAACUACAAGCUGUAUAAUUUCCGCGUGCGGAAAAGCGUACAUUUCUUUGCGGUAUUAAGAGGAGAUCAUAUGGGGUUCAUAAAAUUAAACAGUGAAUUUGAGCCACAUUGUUAACUUUACAAGCUACGUUGGUAAAUGCAGACACAGGACGUUUUAUGAGGAGCUACUUACCGGUAUUAAAAAUCUCACAGUUAGAAACUUUUUAAAACCCAAUUAUACCCUGCCUUCGAAUGCAAAAUUGAAAAAAGACGUAAUUUUAUAUUGAAGGAGCAAAAGAAUGAGUAAUUUAUGCAUGUUUUCCAUGAAAUAUAAUUGAAUCUUUAAGGACAUUGAAAAUUAACGAAAAUAUGCAUGCUACCUAAGUAGUCAUUUUUUCGAAGUAUGGUUUUUGGAUGCAGCCGGAGAGAAGUUCAUUUGAAAUCUGGCAUCCUGAGAUAACUGAAUUAUUGUAGAAUUAUGCUGUGCGAUGAUUGGUUUAACAACCUUAAGUAGUUAAUCUUUUCGAAACGAAAACGCAUUUCGGAAUUUCUGCUGAGUUUUCAUGAGUUAACCCAAUUACUGUAUAAGUCUUAAUUAGUCGUAGCAAAAUCAAGUAAUCGAGAACCAGUCCAAAUCGGUGAACUCAAGCCGGUAGGGCUGAGUUAUGUGGCCCCCUAAACAGGGCAGUAGAAUUGGCGUGCCCUCCUCCAAGUAAUAAAGGUGGGCCUGUGCAUAAUUCUAUAACGGUCAAAAUAUUCUCGUGUUCUAACCCCUAAUAGACAGCUAAAUCAUUGCCCUAAUCUUGGCCCCAACCCCCUCCCCCUAAACCUUAACUCUGCAGUCAACACUCGCCCCUACCUUAACCCUUAAUUUGAUCCUGGCUCACCUAGCCCUAAACCUCAUCCUUAACCUAACCCCAGCCCUAAACCUAACCCUAAUUUCCCUGGAAGUUGGCUCAGCGACACCCGUAUUGCCGGCAGUUCCUGUUCUCAUAUCCUGUUUGGGGGACAAUAUAAGUUAGUCCUACCCACAAGCCUCAUGUAACAUCAUAUAGUCCCGGUGACAGUCGAUGUAUUGUAGUAAGAGCCGGUGACCUCAAUACCCAUUGAACCUCGGUUCAAACCCUCGAAUGCAUUAGCACUGGCCAACAACAUCAAAUAAGGCAGUUCCAUCGAAAGUCGGGCGCCUUAGUCAGGAAGUGAGUCAAGCCUGAUCUGGUUAUUCUGGCCCCCAAGCCGACCGAUAAGCGUGUCAUAAGCCCAAACGCGAGGGGGUGACAAAGGGGUUUCGGCGCAGCAUUCAGGCUUGAUUAAACUUGAGUUUGCCGUCAAACCGCCCUUGUGCCAUCCCUGUGAAGGUCAACCUGCGGCAGAUGGGGAAGACAGGUGUCAACGCUCCCUCUGCUCGACCGUCGAUAUCAUCUGCAGGGAUGAUGGAAUUAAAUUUCCCCAUCACUCAAAGCGUCAGCUGGCAAACCUUCACAUCGAGGGGAAUGAACAAAGUUUUGUGAGGCCAUUACCAGCCAGAAAAGACAGGAACUGAGUCUAAUAUUUUCUGUGAUGCUGUUGGAAGACAAGGGGGGAGAGAGUCGAAGUCCUAUCUAUCCUUUAAGGCCUAAAUAUACACCUCAACCCGAUAUGUAUAUCUACCGUGUCGUGACUGGGAAAAGUGUCAUCUUACGAUGGAAAUUAUUGAAACUGCCAUCGGUGAGAACUCCGUGAGAAUAAAACCCUCCUUGGAACGAAUAAGCGCCGCCUUAGUUCUGGACAAUGAAAUCUUAUUAUCAGAAUCCUGCGGUAAUAUUUUGUAUUACGGUUAAAGGCAACAAUAAGGGAACUUCCACCCAAGUUAGUUACUUAACUAGGCCAAUCGGCCAACUGAAUUCUGACAUGUAAAUGAUGAUGCCUGAUUAAAAAAUAAAAGGCGAAAAUGCCUACUCACAGCAUAUGUAAGACAGCCUUCAGAUCCGGAGAAAAGUCUUUUAAAGAUUUUUCAGAGGGUGAAAUCACAUCGAAAGGGCUUAAACUCUCCAAUAACAUGGCUUAGAUACCCCUUUGAGCGGAGCCUGUAGAUAAUCACGAAAUCCUGAAAUUCGAGACAGCUGGAUCCCAACAAGUCGGCUGUCAUUUGUGAACGACGCUCAUUCAUCUAACCUGAUUGAAACUGAGAGCCUACAGUCCACCCUAGCGGUCUGAUUGCGCCUAGCAGUCAAUAAUGCCAACCUGUUGCUCAUGGAGACAAGGAAUACUGGAAUGACAGAAUAGUAUUACCGACAAAGACAGGACGGUAAUAACAUUCUGCCUGUAUCAUGCGCCGCUGUGCGGCUGCUGAUGGGGCUCGAGUGAAAACCCGGAAGGCACAACGCGACGAGUGAGUUCCUUAGAAACGAUCCGUGAGCGUCCCUCUACCAAUACUGGAAUGGUCGAUCUCAUCUGAUUAGCCGUCACCAGCCAACCAUGAUGGGUUAGCUAAUCAUCGGACAUUUUAAAGCCGAAUAUCACCCAAUCGAGCUUUAAGCUGACAUCAUUUAGGCUGAGGUCGAUAAUACUUAGAGUUAUAUAAUAGCGAAGUUCGUCAACUAGUUCUUCUUUCAGGGUGGAUUUGAGAUUUUAUGAGGUGCCCAUAUUACAACUAAAAUGGCUUUAGUCUCAAACCAGCGACGUUUAAUUGUUCACAUUCUUCGGUUGUGAGGUUCAGCUUGAGCCCUUCUAGUAGAAGGAUCUGUGCCUACAUUUAGAGAGUUUGUGUAACACUACAAGUGUCGGCGAAAUAAAUACUGCUGGCUAAAGUUCCAUCCUCAUGAACUUAAGUGGCAAUAAAGGAUUUUCUUCUAGUUCGCCUUAAUCAGAUCGACUUUUUGCUCGUUUGAUUGGUUUGUCAUCUUAAAUGCAGGACGUAAGGCUACCCACCCCCCCUCCCCCGGCUUGUAUAAGAAGGGCAAACAAAAGUAGUAACUCUGUGAAGUUGCGGAGGAGGCUGAAGACAUCUUCAGUGGGCGAGUACUGUCGCCUGUGACGAGAUCAAUUUGAUUAAUGGACUUGAUCAGAUGUCUGGCCAUGCAGGCUGGAUGCAAGGUCGAAUAUGUGAUCGGCUUGGCCGUAACUCCCGUUUGCUCCAUUUAAAAACCAUAUUUAAACCAUUAAGACGCAGACGGUGCCUACCCCACUUUGUGUCGGCUAUUGAAAACAGAAUUCCUUGGUAGUUUUGGAAUUAUGGCAGGAGUGCUGCUACCGCGUAAUAUUCAUUAACUGCCAACAGGCAGCCAGGCUGCACGAUAAACCACAGUUGACAGCACACGUGCUUGGCUAAAUUUCAGUCUAAGCCUUAAACUCUCGAUUUGACUAAUCUACUCCAAAUUGGCUGUUGAGUUCUAAGGGAAUUAAAGAGCCACAAGUUUUUUUAGCCCGUAGCUCGUCCAGGAACUUAGGAAUGGCCAUCUCUGCUUCUGUUCGGCUAACGUGACGGCUGCGCUCAGCACAGUCUCUAGGAGCCACAGAUGUCAGAUAGACCCCGGGCGGGGGAGGGGGUCAGAAUUGAGUGACCACCGUUAAAAUGACUACUCCCCACCUGAGUACUUCAUGCACCCGCAGUUUUCCUUGGCAUGUGCUUUUGAUGUUUCAGCUGUGGUUAUAUGAGACCUUGGAAUAAGAUGUCACCAUGUUUCUGCGCAUAGUACAAAACCCACCUUGAUAGCAAAACUGCAGAAGAGGGAUAUUGCAAAAUAUAAUUGAUAAGUAAGUCUGUCCCGCUAUCAAGGUCGCCCCCGGUCAUGCUACUCCGCAUGCUUAUUAGACAACUUAACCGCAGGCCUAUGUCUUCUCUCAUUUACUAAUUGUAGUCACAUUUGCUCAUUUAAGUCAUCCAUAUGCAGUAACACCCCAAAAAUGACUGGAGUUGCGUCCUUAGAUGCUUACAUACAUGAACGUCUACCGUCCGUUACCAUGUGCCUCCCGGGUCUUCUCUUGUGAGCGCACUUUCUACAAGACAUUGAGUGUAAUGUCGUGAAGCCACGGAUUCAGGAGGGCGAAUUUACGGGGUUUCACAGUGCGUCACAGUGCACUUUCCACCGUCAACUCUCGAUAUGACUCUUUAGAGUUACCUUUCGAAAGGCGCUUUCCGAUUUUCAGGUAUAUGUACAUCGUGGCUGUCAAACAAUCGGAAUGUCACUAACAUUGCACGCUCUCGGGGUGGCAUUAGUAAAUUAAUCCUCUCGAUUUUCACUCGAAGACAGACAUUUACCAGACGCGAAGGAGGCUGAAGACAUCUUCAGUGGGCGAUUACUGUCGCCUGUCGAAAGUAUUAUGUGACGAGAGCAAUUUUGUUAAUGGAUUUGAUCGGAUGUCUGGCCAUGCAGGCUGAAUGCAAGGUCGAAUAUGUGAUCGGAUAGGCCGCAACUCCCGUUUACUCCAUUUAAAAACCAUAUUUAAAUCAUUAAGACGCAGACGGUGCCUACCCCACUUUGUGCCGGCUAUUGAAAGCAGAAUUCCUUGGUAGUUUUGGAGGUAUGGCAGGAGUUCUUCUAGGGACGACAUUGCCCAUGAGAAUGUUUAGUAUUCAGUACCCUGCUUUACUAGUAAUUUUUAAGGUUCAAGUAUCCUGUUUGAUGCAUGCCUUGGUAGAAAAAAUAACUAUGACAGCUCAAUUCACACAAAUGCAGCAGAAACAGCUCAACCUACUUUCAGGGGGGAACUUACUACUUACGGGUGAAUGUUAUCCCUGAGAAAAACCGGAUAUUUAAAGCGUUGAAUUGUUUUAAACUUUAUAAUCAAGAGGGUUCAGAUAUACUGAUAUCUUAUUUUAAACAUUCCUUGGAGAAUAAGGCCAUGGCAGUCAAAAGAAAAACUCCUACCGCAGAAGAGUAAGCAAAAUAAGGAAACUCAGCGACGCCCAAAAACUCUUACUGUGAUUUGGAAACUUAGUGGGGUUAUAGGCCUUUUAGAGGAGUUUGCGAAUCCAACUGGUUAGUUUAGGUUUUUGCACGCUCUGUUGGCUGCUCCAAAAAGUUUUUUUAUUUUCUAUUAGAUAAUUCGAUAUAGCGUAUAGCGUCUAGAGGAAGACGUCAUUUUCACUGGAACGGAAGAGUAGAGCUUAGAGCGUCUUUCGUCUCGGGUGUCGUUAAAUUACCUGCUGUCUGACAGCGUAUUUCGCCUAAUUUCAAUAGAUUUUUGGCGAAGAAUCGGGUAUGUAAGGCCGGGAGGUCAUUACUUUCGUUGAUCGAUCGGAGGUCGCCUGCUCACACCACCUUGCAUCGGGGUUGCACAGAAACCUGAAGCAGCCAUCAGGCGCCAAGCCAAUAUGCCGAAAGACCCACUAUCAAGUCAGGAGACGGCUGAAGUCUUUUACAGGAUCUGGCACGGUUACUAAAAAAGCAACUGCGUCAGAGGAACUUGGAGACUACUCCGGAUGCGAAUAACCGAACAUGCAGUGGCAGUGGGGGAGAAUGAAGCUAACUCUCAUGUCGCGGCUCACUCGACGGGACCUGGCCGAAAUUCUCGGGGGAGGGGACAACCGCACGAACCGCGAGCUGCCUGAGUCAUGUUUCUCCAGACGUUUAUUGACGUGGCGGUGGGUCUUUCGGCAUAGUGACCUGGUUACUGAAUGUUGUUUCUGGCUUCUGUGCAACUCCAACGCCAAGUGGUGUUAACAGACGGCUCCCAAUCGAUCAGCGACCGUAAUGACCUCCCCUUCCCAUAUGCUUUGCUGAGACUUUGCCCGGGAACCUAAUUUGUCCUGCUUGAAGGGUGCGGUCGACCGACAGUUCCAGUAACAGCGAAGAAAAUCGCCGAGUCCUUAUCACGCCAGGAAUCCACAGUAGUAAUCUCAAUUCGACAAUUAACGACUCGUAUGCGGACUAACAGGCCACCGCCGCAUCAAUUACCUGCCUCAGCGAUGAGUGAGGGAACUGCCAAUUAGACUGGGCAUACGUUUGCAUUGUAGUCACGGCCUAUAAAUACCGUACUUGGUGUGGCUCUAUCAUUCUUAUCUGGGACUGCCUUUGGUGAUGUGUUCGAGCCAGAAUCGAAAAGUCAUGCCAACAAAUCUCUGAUUCCAGCGACCGCAUUUUCUUCUUCUGAACCUAACUCUAACCCUUAAAUCACAAAUUAACCCUAACCUUACCACUAGCAUUAAGGUUAGACUAAUAUUAACGCUAGCGCCUUAAGUAAACUUAUUCGGGGUCUUAGGAAUGGAUCCUUUUAAGUGUUAAUAAAACUACCAGAGCUACGUUCACCUUGCCGUGUAGCGUCAUCUGCAAUCUGUUUCCAGGAAAACCAUAACGAAAUAGACCUAAAUAAAAUAUGUAGGCAAGUUUUAAGGAUAAACCUAGAUAAGAACAGACUAGAAAACUUCAUCGUUUUGUUUUUUGACCAAAACUGUGUACGGGUAGACAGUUACAUUUGCUCAGCGUCAUAAUCAAUUCCUAAAACGAAAAGUAUCGCGAGACGGUUAGGGAGUCUCCUACAUACUACGGGGACGGAAUCUGCAUAGGAUAUGUUCACCCAGUUUGUCUUGCCUAAGAACUUACCAGUCUGCUAGUAGGCUCCUUUGAUUGUUAUUUCGGAGUGUUUUGUAAUGCGUGUGGACAAUCUCUUCUACUGCAAUGCAUUUCACUAAUAAAUGAGGAUGAAAAGAAAGGCUAAGAAAUGUUUUUAUUUUAAUAAUAAUAAUAAUAGGACCUUCAAAUAAUGUUUCCACUCGAUAAUAAAACGACAAGUGGACGAGAUGCGAGUGCCGGAAUAAAAAAAUCCACGGUGACUUUUAUGAUGACAUGCCGAACAGUUGUUUCUGGAACGUAGUCCCUAGCUUAAACCUAAUCGUCCGAAAACCCCAACUGAUCCACCUUCUCGUCUGCGGGUAAAUGGAUGCAAUGUUAUUACCUCCAAUUCCUUUUGACAUUCUCACUCAAAGCUUUGCAUUGACGGGCAAAAGGGCAGUUUUGGGAAUUUUUUAGCUGACACUGCAACUUUUAAAGAUUCGAUGAAAUAUCCGGAGUUUGCAGUUAGGACCCCACUUUUAGUUUAUUCGGUCUGGAUAUGGAGAGAGAGAGAGAGAGAGAGAAAGCAUGUAUGUCUACUGCUCUUGCAUGUUCGACUUGCUUCAGUAGACAUGAAAGAGCUGUUAGGCUUUUGAUGUCUUCCCCUCUCUCAAUCAAAAAAUUUCUAAUGCACUCUUUAUGACUUUUCCAUCAAAGGAGUUUUACAGUUUACAGAGGCCGCCGACUGUUGGCAAACCGACAACUUCCCCCUCCUCCCAGCCUCAUGGCCACAAAGAUUUCUCAAAAGAAGGCAUUUUAUUGCUGCAGCCCCCGCUUGCGGUUUGGGGUUGAGUUUGAAAAUUUGUAGGGCGCUUUGGGCCGAUAAGACAAAAGGUCAGUGUGCAAUCGUUUCUUCCCAGUGAACCUGGGAUAGUGGUGACAAAGGUCCAGCGGUAGUACUGAUAGUAGCAGCUGCAGUAGGAGUAGUACUACUAAAAGUAGUAUCAAAACUGUAAUGGCGCUGAUAUCAACCAAGAGGCAGUAGGGUGUGAAUGGAGGAAAUGGGGUGAUACACCCUUCUUCAUUGCACACGUCGCCUACAAUGUUUCUUCUUCUCUUCCUCCUCCUCCUCCUCCUCCUUUUCAUCCUCCUCCUUGUAAAACAUGUGGACUUGUGAAUAGCAGAGAUGCGCGAAGGACUAGUCCACGUAUUUUCCUUCUCGAGUAACACAACAGUUUCAAUCUACCACCAAAGGCAUGUCACAGAGAGAAAGAAUGAAAGAGGAAGGAAGACCUUCCGUUCCAGAGUCAACGCUGACCCCUUGGAGUACCUGUGGGAACGGGGGUGGUGGGUUGUGAACAGUGCCUUACCUAGGAGGCAGCCCACCCAACACCGAGCUACUCUCUACCUCAUCUGUAAUUUUGAAUAGGAGGAGGAGGAGGAGCAUGAUGAGGACUGUUUUGCGCUCAUCAAGCUCUUGCUCACAGCCUUCGCCUGCCCCUUAGACCUUUCAUCUCGGUCUCUUUAAUUAUGUUUUCUUGUUCUGUCCAGGAGCAGGAUGGGUCUCGCUCUGGGUAGGGGGGGGAGGAGGGGGGUUGAAAGAGAGGAGCACUGCGUGUGCAUGUGUGCCGGGAAUUUUCUCAGUCAUGAGUCCAUGUGUUGCUUUCCAAACAUGCGCUGCCGCCCGCAGCACAUAGAGCACUCCUGGAGUGGACGAGAAACGGUCAUUCAGUCGAGAUUUCUCGUACCCGGUCGAUGCUGUCCAGAUUGCGCUUAAGGCAGGGGAGCGGGGGCAGAGUUGUAGGUUAAAAGCUAAGGGAUAAAAUCUUCGGCCUUGAUGUUCAAACAACAGCACAUUUUGCUUCUUAGACAAGGCAUUCUUUUUUGCCUAAUUAUCCGCUAUACUGGGCGCCUAGCUGUUUUACUAGUAUUUAAAAGUUUCCCAAUAAUCACCUAAGGGAGAAAACGCGGCAAAUUAGAAACCAAAAUAUCUUUCCGGUAACUGGACUAUUCGGAGAGGCCCAUCUGCCAAAACUAAGACAAAGUUCGUAGCCUAAAGAACUUUAAAAAGGGCACAAUGUAGGCUACUUGAGGGGUUUCACUUGGUUGGGUGGCUCUUCCAUCUUUCUCUUCUCUAUGGAUAGAGGGAUGUUAUUAGUUUAAACUAUUAUCUUAGCAGAUAAUCAUACAUUGUUUAAAAUAAUGAACAUUUUCAGUGCUUCAAACUCGGUGGUUCAAGCAGUUAAGUAGACCUUAGUGUGAAUUCGAUGCCAAGUGAAUUCCUGAUGCAUUUCCUGCAUGUUUCGUGUUGUUUUUAGUCAAUCCUUUUAUUUGCAGUCAGUUAUACAAAGUCACUAGUCUAAAUUAGAAUUCAGAAUGCAGCCCCACGGAUAGAAACCUAUGAAAGAGAGCUAACAGAUAAUAUCAAUCCAACGCCUGCAGAAAUAUGGGCUAGAUCGCAAUCGGUAGCCAGACCCCGUAUUACAGGUAGCGGAGGGUUUGUUUACUGGGGCUAUUUCGUGGGGUUCCAUAAUCGCAUCUGACCCAUUUGGCUUCCGUUUUACGUUUGAGGUUAGAAUUAGGGUACUGGUUAAUAGAUUUUGAAUUUCGGGUUAGGGUUAUUCCUUAAGGUUUAGGUUUUCGGGUUGCGGUUAGGGUUUGAGCGUACGAACAGGUUUCAGUAUUACUGUUGGGUUUUUCAGUUAAGGCUAUGUAUAAGGGCUACGGUAACGUUUACGAUUUCGGUAAGGGUUAGGGUUGCCGUUAGGGUUAACAGUUAGCGUUAAAGGUUGAGGUUAGGGUUAGUAUAAGGGUUAAGCUUAGGAUUAGGAUUAAGGUCGCCGUCCGCUUCCCCCAUUCCUGGCUACCAACUGUGAUCUAGCCGAAAUAUGAAUUUAGGUGACAUGAAUGAAGAGGCGGGGUCGCGAAGGGAAUGUACGCUUGAUUUUACUGAAACCCAUCCCUUCAGCCAUAAGGUACUUAUAAUGCGACGGGUAGAGCAGUGGCGAGGCGAAGAGGAGACUCAACCUCGGUUACUAAACGUUCUUGACUCAGAGAAAAUGCCGGUAGACCGGUCAGCGUACCCUGGACGUCAGUGUAGUGGCUCAUAGGAUUGUGAUGCACCUCGUUUCUAUUGCCGUAUGCGUCCUCCCGAAAAACAAUCUGGUGUGUUUUUUACCUCGUAGCUUGUUCACUUCCUGCUAGUGCGGCCCUUAUCGCACUCCCACGCAUCUGAGUUCCUGGCUGACCCCAAUAAAACCCCGGUUUGCACAAUAAGACCAGCUCGUGUGCAGCCCAUGUAGACGGGCUACUUAUCUUCGUCAGCCAGAGCGUCCGAGCCCACCUCCGGUCGGCCCGACAUUGUCUUGCCAUCGGGGCCUGGUGGGUGGGGAAGGGGAGAGUGUACUAGCUACCGUGCAAGCGCGUCCAACUGUAAAAAAAUUUACGUGCAAGUCGUUGUGCUGCGUCCGCCAACGUCGCGGCGCACAUGGUGGAUAUCGUCGCCUGCAAUGAUCAAACUGUCAACUCGUAAGCGAAGGCAAACUUUCGUGAUUGCUUCUGUACUGCAGUCAAGACCCCACAACACACGGAACACAGCCCAGGCAGUUGCAGAGGUCUCCUGACAGUGUGGUAGGCAGCACCUUUAACGGGCCAUUUGGAACACUAAGCGCCACCUGAGUACUCGUGCGUCCGACGAUGAUACUUCCCUUUCCCCUCCACUGUUCCAAACUUGUAGGGGAGUAUUAGGAGGCAUUUCUCCAGCCUUGACUAUAGGUAGAAGGUGAAAAUUCGUUAGAAUACUGCGUUGUCAACAGGAUAGUUCGAAUAAGCCUUACUUUCAGUGUUAUGCAAACACUUUCAUCUGCGAACUUGGGAUCAUCAGCGACACGGUAACUCCUUGUUCUGAUACAUGGGGAUCAGACAAUCACACAUUUCGCGUUAAGGGCGCGAUUAUGAUCAAACAUUGUGCUUAAAAGAGAUGUUCUCUCACAGGCAGUGACUUCGUCAGUUCUAUUUAUUCAUACUGAUGCGCAAUUCUCAAGAAAAUGAACAUUUUCCUCAAACUAUUUCACCGUUACCUCAACUUUUUGACAUUGUGUAAUUAGCCUUUGAUGUUUUGCAAAGGUUCGGAUCGUUUCGUCUACUCGUUGUGGGCCUGUUAUCUCCAUAACAUAACCUCCAUUUCACGAAUUUUUGACGGCAAGGUUUUCCCGUUUAAGGAAUUGUGAAGACAGAAAUUGCCACGUAUUCUAUAACACAAAAAGAAAAAAGAAUCAAAGGACAGAAGGCUAAUUUCCAUGCUUACUUAAUUCUUACCUGAAGUUCCAAAUCGUGAAAAACGGCCCCCGCCGAACCAGUUCACCUGUUGACGCGUUUGGAUGCCUACUUUAACGAUGCCCAGAAGCGAACUCUAGCGGUGGUCUCCAAUGCGGGCUAAUGGACUCGAUGUGGCCUUAUAAUCCUUCUUGAAGAAGUUCUCGAUUCUGCAAAAAAACUGUUGUUUUCCUCUUAAUCUGAUAUUUUUAUUACAGUGCUGUCGUCUGUCAGCCUUUAGAAAAAAAAGAGAGGGAAGAAGAAUAUAAGGACAGCCAAGGCGUGACAUUGAAGUUUUGUGACACCACCAAAAUAGACGCAAAGAUUAAUGUUACUCCCGCUCAUCCAACGCUUUAUUUUAGAAAAACUCCUCUCACAAAAUAGAACAGUAGCUUUAGCAUCGAGCUAAAAGAAGGCCUCCGAGGAUUCAUCGGAGCGUUUUUGAGGCCGCUAUGCUGUCAGAUUUCCUCCCCUGAAAGCUUCCCGAAGCAAGCUAAUUGACGGUUGUUUAUGUUGAUUUAUCUAUGCGAAUGGGGCAAGGUUACGAACGGGGGAAUAACCUUCAUGGCAAAGUUACGCCACCGUCCGAACGUGUGUGUGGUGGGAAUUUGUGGGAUGCGAAGGGGGAGGGACGGUGGGGGCAUUCGACGUCAAGCCAGUAAAUCAUCGCUCCACCCCCACCCAUCAGUAUGUCCUCCUGCGUCCCCUCCCCUCACCUGUCCCUCGCAGUCAAACCUAAGCUCAAGUGUGAGCGCACAGUUAAGCACUGCUUAGGAGAGCUCUCUCCCCUCGUCGUUGUUAGUUCUCUCCUUACACUUGCCUCUGACAGGCGGAAAGUGGGUUCCCAUGGGUGCGUGGGAGACGAAGUAAUGCCAGCCUCGCCUACACAGUUUUGCCUUAUCAAGAAGGCUGACUGCGUUAGCUGACUUGGCUAUGGGAGCCUGCAUCUGGUUAGUGAUUUGGGCAAGGCUCCUUGUUGACUGUUUUUUCUGGAAGAGAUUCCAAAUCCCUUUUUGUCCUUUCCAGCUUCGUCGGAAAGCAUUUGCAGAUAAGGCGUCACUCGCUACUGCCUCCUAUUAAGUAGACCGUCUUAGGCCAAAACUAACAGUCCGGUGACGAAUAAAUCGUCUGAGCCACUUAACUGCUUUUCCUCCUGGAAUUCAUUGCAACAAUUAUCGUACGCACCGCCGAAAUUUAGAGUCAUAGAAGGUGUGCUCUCCAAAGAUGACAAAUUACUGCGAGUAAGAUGAUCCGAGUUUCGGGAAUCGGGCGAAUCUUUCAGCAGGCCUGCACCCCAAGAACGUUCUCUGUUAAAGUUGUGGAAGAGAAGUUAGGCAGGAGGUAGUUUCAUUUAUUACGUUGAAUUUUCGGGUUAAUUCUCGAAGUUAAGGUGGGGUUUGAUUGGAUAGAUAUGGGUUUUUGCUCAUUUUCCUUGACAACUAUUGGCUAUCAGAAUGGGCAAAGGUGGAUGACGUAAGACAGCAGCUUCCGAGUCCCCUUCUCCUUUGACUAAUUUUAAUACAGUGCCUUAAAGUCGAUGUUCGGAGCUGAAUAGGAUCACUUCAAAAUAUUCUGCAUAAAAUGUUCUCUGGGUCGAUGUUCUUGACCAUCCGGAGGGACUUUCCAGACGUAUCAUAUCACGUUUGAAUUCGGACUCCUUUCAGUGAAGACGAACCGAAAAUGGAACGAAGGAGAUGGCCUCAGUUGACCAAAGAAUGUAGCUACUAUUACGCCUGCUUAACUUUAACAAGGGCGGUGAGGGAGAGGAAGUGAGAGAACUCUAAAAACUCCACUCGGGGUCCAGAAACGUCUAUGACUUACGACAGCAUCGGAGCGUGCCUCGGCAUCCUUCGUCCGAAUGCCAGGGCUGGCCUCUUUUCUCACGGUCUCACUCAAUCUCGCACACUCGCUCGUCAAAAUGCCUUCGGUGUUAGCGCAACACGCCCAAAUUAACUUAGGCGUGAAUCCGGUCCCUCUAAUCAAAUUCCCACACGCACGGUUGUGUGCUGACAACAGCCCGCCACCCUCCUUCCCCCAGUUCCCCGAUCCACCAUCCGUCGAGGAGAAGCGAGCAGGUUGGGUGGGGGGAGGAGCGGCAAGCUGGCGGUAGCAGAGAAGGUGGUGAAAACCGACGCCGGGGCGGUUAGUAGGGCUAGAAGGAGGCGGGAGAGGAUGAGCUGGAAAACAAUUAUACCGCUGAAAAUCAAAUCAACGCCUUCUGUGCCUCGGUCGACUUCCCUGAGGAAGGGACGACGAGAGGAUGAAACAGUAUGGGCAAUUGCCUGAGCCCGCGAACGAUGAAAAUCGAAACAUUCACGGCCAGUUUCUGUUCUCGACUCGGUUGGAAAAUUAGCGGAAGAGCAAUGAGGAACGGGGUGUAUUGUUUUGGCCUUGACUGGCUUCCUCGUCGGCCAUCUUACCGUCCACCACCCCAAACCGGAUUGGAGGACAGCGUUCAAACAGGACUACGAAGUCACAAGCAAGUUGUUCGCUUUGUCAGCAGAAAGGUCUUCCUUGAAAGGGUCGAUGAUCCGUUAUUGCAUCAACUUUCUGACCAACGAAAGGCCCAUUUGGCCUCCCUUAUAAGAUCAAAACAGCAGUAAGCAGAGCUUAUAAAUAAAGGCCCAUAGACAAACGACGUGUAGGACUGUGGCAUAACCACAGGCAUUCGUGGAGCACUUAUAUACGUUAAGAGUAGUGUCAUAAGAUGGGAUCUGAGACAGGCAGGAAACUUAAGUCACUGGAGGGAGAAACGCGAAAUGUCUAGACUCGUUAAAGCUCUUAAGGCAAACUGCAUGGAAAGUACUCAACAGAUCUACUUCCUGAACGCAUUUACUAGCGAUAAAGAAAGGGAGAAGUCGAAAGCAGAUGACGAUUUAAUCGGGAGAUGUUUUCCUAGUUCAGCUGGUUGCACACGACGACGGACCAACCAAACUUGGUUUUUAAAAGUCCACUCCCCAGUUGUCAAAAGAAGGGCAGCGCUGUUCGGUUUUAACUUUUGAACUUUCCUGGAAAGUUUCAGCAAUGCGAGCGCUGAUUUUCCAAGCACGGUGGGAAUCGUUAACUCAAAAUUAUGAGACUUGCCGUCUGAGAAGGAUCAGAUACACGCGAACCGGUGGAAUGGUUCCUUACCGUAACAGCCACUCGAGGCUUUCAUUAUCGAGUUUUGCUAGUGUCAACCCUAUUCCUUUGUGGAGCUUUAAGGAAGUAAGAGCCUGUGGAAUUAAUUGGCAAAGAAUGCCUUAAAAGAAGCGAAGUGGCGAGUUCCAGAAAGUAGUCGCAAAGAAGGAGACACGAUCGCUGGGACAAAACUUUAUAGCAUGACGUUUCGGAUUCCCCCUCGAAUCCAUCAUCAGAGACAGGUUCAGAUAAGGGUACGGUUGACCACUGUUCCUGGUGUCAAUGUCGGCGAGGAGAAUUGUCCAAGAGUCCGCACGGCUGACGAAAUCCAGCAGUCAGCUACUCGACCGCGUGCGAUGAGCGCGGGAGCCGAUAAUCUUGACCGGCACGUAGGCGCACGGCGACCGCAUGACACCUGAAUACCCGGCCAGUCGAGCAGUGAUGCAUUCGGGAGCUGCCAACUGUGGUAGACAUGUACCGACCUAGCAAGUACACCCUAAAAUUACUGCAACCUCUGGGAAAUUUACUACCCCUAUCUGGCACUGUCUCCAAGGAUGGAUUCGGGGGAAAAUCUGAAACGUCAGGCUAAUAAAGCUCUCUUUCCAGCGAUCCUGUCUCCUUCUUCGAGAAUGCCCUAAAAUUCCUCCGCUCAAGCCGUAUUUCUCUAUUUUUACCGAUGAUCGUCGACGAAGUCCACCAUGUGCAGCACGGCAUAGUAGGCGCAGGACUAUGACCUGUGCGCGACUCAGAUCAUAGUGAUGGUCGACUUGCGCAGCGUCUAGUGCACCCUCUCCCUCCUCACACAUCUGAAUCCAUUGUCAGGACAGAGCCAAGAAGAUCAAAGUCGGACUCGGGUUCAGUGACUGACAAAGUCUAACAGCCCGUCUACACGUGCCACACAUGAUCCGGUCUCACAUUCAUGUGUCAAGUUUUUUUACAGGACAACGAGACGGCUCGGAGCUCAUCUGGGUGGGGGUGCUGUAGAGGACACAGUAAGAAGGAACCAUCCAGUCUGAAUCCCAGUCGUUGACCCAGUCGCCCCGUAAGCGUGUUGAGUUCUAACCACGAGGACGAAUCCAAAAAGUACUGGUUGAGCAUACAUCGCUGAUUUCGCUAAUUGGCUGUCAUAACGUCCUCAACGAUGGCUUUCAUGCACAUGUGUGCGUCAGACCAGUUUCCUUAAUAGAAACGAGUGUCACUCUCGAUGUGCCAAGUCUGUGCAAAGUCUAUGUGAUCCCAAUUUGUCAAAUAUUUCCACUUUGUGACUCCUCUGUCCGUGAAACACGUUUUCUGCUCACACAACUUAGUUGCAAACUGUUGAGCUUUGGGCUGAUUUCCUUAUCUAGUCAUAACAGUCAGUAGUAUAAUGAAAGUUCAACCAUCGUUACCGACAAGGUCCACACCGUUUGCUUCACAGCAGGACAAGAGUAGGGACGGUAACUUGCGCGCGGGUCAGUUUAUAGUGAUGGUCGACUUACGAAGCAUCUACCGCGCUCUCUCCUCCCCAAUUCGGCCCGAUGUCAAGACAUAUUCAAGAAGAUCGGGGCGGGAGAGAACGCAGGUGUCGGAUACGAUGAAAACCCGCGCCUAUACGUACCACUACAAUGGCUAGGAUUUUACACAACAAGAAAAAAGGAAGCGGCAGGGAUCUCAGUGGGCGCGACGCGAGCCUGAAACCGGGUCCCUGAUCAUAGUUGUUAUGGGUGCGCAUUCCUGAUAAUGUCUGGCGGAUUCCGGCUCAGCCCCUGAGUUAGUCCAUCGCAUCUAUCGCGUGGCCCCUUUUAAGGGCGAACCCUAUUAAGGACACUGGGUCACAGCGAAGUGCAUAUAUUCAGUUCUUUUGCACUGCUUUACACGAAGGUCGUGUGGAUCAUACUUCUCGAAUCCUCUGUAUUCCAUCUCAUUUCGGGUAGAAACCUCAGCACUGUUGGGCGCAACAGUUAUGGGAACUCUGCUGUCAUUUAGCCUGGGCCUUCCUCUGCGACUUCCUUCAUCAAACAAUUUCUGCCGGUCUUAGUAACACAAUAAUCGAAGCGGUUGCCAAAACACACCCCGGGGUCUAACCUAACAGUGGGAUGGUUUCAUACCGCAAAAUUAUCACGACCGACUUCACACUUACUCAGAACAACCUGCCCCGCAGAAGACCAAUGAAGUUCAGGGUAAUAGGCCCACUCUUGCCAGGAGAGGACGAACUUAUUCGUACGCAAAGGUUUUUUAUUUGUAAGUACGAUUAAUAUUCACAUGGCUGGCUUUCGAACCUGUAACGUCUGGUUUUUGUCGUUUAUUCUAGUUUAUCGUUUCCCGUGAUGGAAACUGUGGGCUCAACUACGAACAUUCGGUCGCUGAAGGCAUCGCCGUUAUUAGACUGAUUGAAUAUAUCCUACAGUACAUGUAAGUUCUGUGCAGUUUCAAGAUUAUCGAUUAAUUUGAUCCACCAAACAUAGCCAAAGUUGUUUCAGGCUGACCUUCGAGUGACAUAAUCCCUCAUGCCCUCAACUUUUAUAUUUGCAUUUGGUAGUGUGUGGCAUUUUGUCGGCCUCAUUCGAGAUGAAUAGCCAUAUCUGAAGCUAGGUGUACCCAAACGUUAAUCCUCAGUGUGACCCUUAUAGCUAGAGGCAUCCACACAGCCGGAAAUUCUAAACAAUCAGCAAUCGAUAGGUAUUAUCAACAACAAAAUCAGCGAACCACGUGUCCGGACUUAUUGCUAGUGCCUGUACUGUCAGUACGGUGAAUCGUUCGAGGUUUGUGUGUUACUGACUGUCUACUGAGAGGUUGUAAAUAUUACAUGCUUGUUCCACCGAAACCGACGGAUUUCAGCUCAAAUGUUCAUAUUAACUUUCGGAGCUAGCCUAAAAAGCUUUGUCCCAAAGCAGUUACUUCCGGCUGGCUCAUUGAUUUUUGAGGAAAUAAAAAAACCUAGUGAAUAUCAAAGUGGCUACGUCUGACGAAUUCGUCGUUGGAUGCCGGCCGGAUGUCUAAUUCAUGCGAGUGAAACCCGACCCGUGAACUGCACUCCACUUGGUCAUUCAGCUUGAUGCUCAAUCCUUUCAAGCUAUUGGCUCUCACCGCCUUCGUGUGCUAUCGGAGCUAUUCAGUGGCACAUAAAGGGGCCGUCUACCGACAGAGGAGGGGCGUUCGCAAGCUCAACGUAAAACAACGUGUGUAUGCUGCCGCCGCGUGACUUAGUAACAGCAAGAGUCGGCCCCCAUCUGCGGGGGAAGUGAGAUGAUGUCAUCCGAGUUUGAAGGCAAGACCCGCCCCCCCCCCCUGCUCUGUUGUCUGAAGUCAAACGCCCCACCGGGCAGACUGCACACAGACUGAUAGGCUCAAACCAGUAGCAUCAUGCCUGUUGCGGCCUGGGGGCACGGGAGGCUGACCAGACGCGGAGACGCGAGCGUACCCGAGGUCGCAUCUAACGCAGUGAACGUCGUGCCGGAGGCGAAAAAGCCUCAGAAGAGCUACUGCGCACGAUCUUCCUCCGGAACGUGCUUUAAACCAUCUAAUUCGUUAAAAAGCCCAAAAAUUUACGACUAAGUAUGACCUCCUUCUUCCCCGCCUCCCCGGGUGUAAAAUUUUACUCCAAACAAGUUAUGCUUAUUGUGAAAUGAACUCACCACAUCGCUUUCCAGCUUUGAAGAACAGCACAGGGUGCUGAAACUAGAGUUAGGGUUCAGACUAAACCCGACUAAGCCCAAUCACAUAAUCCUUAUCCUAGUACUCGUCCUAGCACAAAACCUAGCCCUAACCAUAAAUUCCUGCAGCAAACCCAACUCUAAACGUAAUUCCAACCCUCGUUGGAAGUAAGCUUGCCAGGGGUUCGUAAAUUCACCUAUUACGCUCAUGCACCUCAAGGUCAUAAACUGAAUAUUUGUCCACACGUAGGUGUUUCAACAAGUUUUUUCACCUCCAAAAAAAUCCGCUUUGACCUUGGCUUCCUAGCCGGGGCUGGUGCAAUCCCGUCAUUUCUGACUCAGACAGUAAACGCAAACAGCCGUCACAUCGCACGGUGGCUGUUUCCCGGGCCAGAUUCUCUAAACUGAGAGGCAAUAUGUCCCAAGGAAGAGCAGCACGCCAUUAAAAUCGGGUUCUAUACCAAUCGAUAUUGCAGCCCAUGCCCAGUAACUUCGCUCAUCUGGAACACACACUUUUGCAGCCGUAUUAAAUAUUUCCUAUGCUUUUCUGUAUAUUUCAUGCUUGGGAGGUCUGUCAGAAAGCCAACUAUAUCACUUUUUUCCCCAGUUGCCCAAUAACUUUAAAAAGGAAAAACUGUGUUCUGUAAAAUAGGAUUUCGUCGGGAAAAGAACUCACAAACAACACAAACUCGACCACUGUAGAUUUACAAAUACGCGCUUCUUCUGUGUCGUCUGUAGACAAGGCGUGAUUCUACGUUGUUCGUGUAGAUGACAAUUUUGUUUUCUUCCGCUAGGGAUGAGGUAAAGCGAUGGCGUCUCAUUAGACACCCUUCUAUUUGCGAGCUUCCAAAGCCCCGAAGGUUGGCCUGGAACACUGACCCAACAAUCACUGAAGCCAUUACGGAGGCACUGGCUGAAAUCGACAGGUAUGAACUGUCUGACAUCUUUACUCACCUCUACGUACGCACCCCUGUCUUCUGUCCCCUCAUGACUUCCAUUCAAGGCCUCUACGCGGACGUAGACAAAACCCUCAUUUGGUUCAUUUUUUCGAUUAUCAGCCGGACAGGGCACCUUGGGACUGAAAUAUGGGGCUGA